AUGAUCUCACGCGUUCAGCUCUCGUUUUAUUCGUGCAAGUUUGCAGCACGUUCCUGUUUGACUUAUGCCUUUGUUACCGAGUGUCUAACCGGAGUGACCUGGAAUGUGAUAAGUCUCUCUUAUAAUCAGGAAUUUCGUAUUGCAGAACGAAAGGGGGUUUAUUACGAAGCCCCUGUUCCCACUGAGAGUGGUCCCGGUGCUAAAACCGGGACGAAACCAACUAAAGGUUCCUCUGUCGGAGGCACCGGACUUUCGCCCAACGACAAUGAUGUUGAGCUGAUUGAGCUCGAUGAAGAGGGUCGCCCCACAGGGGAGCCUCUUCAACCGGGAGAUGAGACGUUGCCCUGGCGGAAAGGGCGCGUUUAUCACAGGCCUGGCGUAAAGAACAUAACGCCGUGGAGAAAGGCAAAGCCAAAGUCAAGAGACACUUCUCUAGAUAAAUUGCAGCAGGCUAGGCUACAGCAGGAAGUAAAACCCUGGACUGAGGAAGAGGUGAAGCUCAAGAAAGCCCCUCAAACGAUCAAAGAGAUUCCAAAAGAGAAGUUGGAAGAGGUGGAAUUAAAACCAGCUAAGACAGAGAAAAGGGAAAUCAGGAAACCAAGCAUUGAGUACGUGGAUUUGAAGCCUGUUGAUAAGGACACUACGUCAGUCGAUGAUCAGACGCCAUCCAGGCUACAGACGCAUCCCAGAGAAACGGCGGAAGAUGACGAAAUACAUGAAACUACUACGCUUAAAGUUCCGUCCAAACUUGAUAAGACUGUUCCUUGGACUAAGGAAAAGAUUCAACUGAAAAAAAGUAAACCGGAAAGAAAGGACAUUCCAAAAGAAAAGGUUGUAGGUGUUCAACUAAAGCCUGUGAAGUCUGAGGUGAAAGAUGUCGAAGAGAGCACCUUGGAACGAGUAGAUUUGAAGAGGUUGACACAGACAGGAGUAAAGCAGUUUGACGAAACAGUCGAGUCGACAUCCGAAUACGUGGAAUCAGAUGAAUCCCAACUUUUGAAUAUAAGAAGAGUCAGUAAAACAGAUAUCAUGUCGAAGAUUCCCGAGAGACCCAAGCCGUGGACCGAGGAGACAAUUUCACUGAAGAAGGCUAAAACUGAAAAGAAGGAGGUUCCUAAAGAAACCAUCGAGGACGUUGAAUUGAAACCAAUAAAACUUGAAAAACGAGACGUUGAUAAAAGAGGUUUGGACAAAGUCGAACUAAAGCCCGUGAAACCAAAGACAUCUGAGGAUGUGAGGGAUCAUUCGGAAUUAACCUCCGAGUACGUGGAAACGGAUGAAACAAGCACUUUGCAAGUUGGAAGAAUUGUGGAAUCCGAUGUAAAGCAAAAACAGCCUGUAGAAAAGCCCAAACCGUGGACGGAAGAAAAGAUUACUUUGAAGAAAGUAAAGGCCGAAAAGAAAGAGAUUCCGAAGGAAACAAUAGAAGACGUUGAAUUAAAACCAACGAAGCCCGUGAAAAGGGAUGUCGAAAUACCGGACUUGGAUAAGGUUGAGCUUAAACCUCUGAAACAACAGCCCAUUGAACAGGACGCAGAAUUAUCUCAGCCAACUUCUGAGUACGUGGAGUCGGAUGAGACAAAUAUUUUGCAAGUUAAAAGAGUUGUUGAGUCCGAUGUCACACGGAAGCAGCAUGAAAAGCCCAAGCCAUGGACAGAAGAGAAAAUUUCGUUAAAGAAACCCAAACCCAAUAAGACAGAAAUUCCAAAAGAGACGGUCGAACAAGUUCAAUUGAAACCAAGUGCACCACAGAAGAAGCUCACCAAUAAGCUGACAGUGGGAGAGAUUGAAUUGAAAUCAACAAAGAAAGACGUGAAUAAAAUUAUUGCCAAAGACGCUACUGCAACGACUGAAUCAGAAAAACUGUUAGUAGAAACAGAAGAUACGUCUACAUUAACGGUCACAAAGAAAAUAGAUGAAAAACAGAACAAAGAUGAUGUGGUGAAGGUGCCAGAACAAGUUAAACCGUGGACUGAGGAAGCCAUCACUUUGAAGAAAACGCCAAAACAGGUCAAACAAGUCGAGAAGCCUGAGCAAGUAGAUGUGCAACUCCGACCGACCACCAGCGAUACAAAGCCGGCAACCACGCAGCAGGUGGAAACAGUAGAGUUGAAAUCUGUGAAGGACGAGUACCAUGUCCAAGAAGAUGAAAAUAUCUUAGCAGUGGAUAAAAAGGAAGAGGUGAUCGAAGAAGAAGAACAAGAAAGAACUACUACUGCUGCUUGGCGAAGGGGCAAAAAGAAACCGAAACCAAAGAUGCCAUAUUCUGUAGAAGAGGAUGCGCAAAUUCUCAAAACUGAUACCGAGGUUACCGAAGAACAACGUAUUACUGAAGAGGUUGCGGUAUCCUGGCGCAGAGGUAAAAAGCCAGAGAAGCCUCUAGAAGACCAGACUCAGGAGAUUAAACCUAAAGAAGAAAAGCCCGUUGAGAAGGUUGAGUUACCUCGGAAACGUGGAAAGAAGCCUGGCAAGGCUGUUCACACUGAAAGUGAAAUUCAGCCAGAAGAAGAAGCUUCUGGAGACGCUAAACCAGAAGAAGAAAUACCCACUGAAACAACACAAUUACCUUGGAGACGUCAACAGAAGCUCGUUCAAGUUAUUGAAGGUUCCAAAGAUAUACAACCGGAAGAUGUUCAACCUGAACAGGUGACUGAGCUUUCUGACGAGGAGAGACUAGAUGACCGAAUAUCUAAACUGCCUUGGCAAAGAACCAAGAAAGUGCAGCGUAAAGUUGUUCAUGAAAAAGAAGAAAAAGUCGAAGACAUAAGGUCUGUGUCAUUGAAACCUGUAAAACGGUCUCAAAAGCCGGAAGAACCUGAAGAUACAGAGGAAGUUCAAUUGAAGCCGGUCAAACGUGUUCCUGAAGAAGAAAAGGUGACAGAAGAAAUAAAAUUGAAGCCUGUGGACAAGCCAAUCACAGAUGAAACACUGCCGAAAGAAGAAAUUAUUCCUGAAAAGGUCACUGAUCAACCUGAAGAUGAAAAGCCAGAUGAUCAAAAAUCGAAAUUACCUUGGCAACGAGGCAAGAAAGUGCAACGUAAGAUCGUUCAGAAAGAAGAGGAAACGGUUGAGGACAUAAGAUCCGUGUCACUAAAACCUGUCAAACGCCCUCAAAAGCCGGAAGAACCUGAAGAUACAGAGGAAGUUCAAUUGAAGCCGGUCAAACGUGUUCCUAAAGAAGAAAAGGUGACAGAAGAAAUAAAAUUGAAGCCUGUGGACAAGCCAAUCACAGAUGAAACACUGCCGAAAGAAGAAAUUAUUCCUGAAAAGGUCACUGAUCAACCUGAAGAUGAAAAGCCAGAUGAUCAAAAAUCGAAAUUACCUUGGCAACGAGGCAAGAAAGUGCAACGUAAGAUCGUUCAGAAAGAAGAGGAAACGGUUGAGGACAUAAGAUCCGUGUCACUAAAACCUGUAAAACGCCCUCAAAAGCCGGAAGAACCUGAAGACAAGGAGGAAGUUCAAUUGAAGCCAGUCAAACGUCUUCCUAAAGAAGAAAAAGUGACCGAAGAAAUAAAAUUGAAGCCUGUGGAUCAGCCAACCACAGAUGAAACACUGCCAAAAGAGGAAAUUAUUCCUGAAAAGAUUGCUGAUCAACCUGAAGAUGAAAAACCAGAUGAUCAAGCAUCCACAUUACCUUGGCAGCGAGGCAAGAAAGUGCAACGUAAGGUCGUUCAAAAAGAAGAGAAGACUGUCGAAGAUAUAAGAUCUGUAUCACUAAAACCUGUAAAACGCCCUCAAAAGCCGGAAGAACCUGAAGACACAGAGGAAGUUCAAUUGAAGCCGGUCAAACGUCUUCCUAAAGAAGAAAAGGUGACAGAAGAAAUAAAAUUGAAGCCUGUGGACAAGCCAAUCACAGAUGAAACACUGCCAAAAGAGGAAGUUAUUCCUGAAAAGAUUGCUGAUCAACCUGAAGAUGAAAAACCAGAUGAUCAAGCAUCCACAUUACCUUGGCAGCGAGGCAAGAAAGUGCAACGUAAGAUCGUUCAGAAAGAAGAAGAAACGGUUGAGGACAUAAGAUCCGUGUCACUAAAACCUGUCAAACGCCCUCAAAAGCCGGAAGAACCUGAAGAUACAGAGGAAGUUCAAUUGAAGCCGGUCAAACGUGUUCCUAAAGAAGAAAAGGUGACAGAAGAAAUAAAAUUGAAGCCUGUGGACAAGCCAAUCACAGAUGAAACACUGCCGAAAGAAGAAAUUAUUCUUGAAAAGGUCACUGAUCAACCUGAAGAUGAAAAACCAGAUGAUCAAAAAUCGAAAUUACCUUGGCAACGAGGCAAGAAAGUGCAACGUAAGAUCGUUCAGAAAGAAGAGGAAACGGUUGAGGACAUAAGAUCCGUGUCACUAAAACCUGUCAAACGCCCUCAAAAGCCGGAAGAACCUGAAGAUACAGAGGAAGUUCAAUUGAAGCCGGUCAAACGUGUUCCUAAAGAAGAAAAGGUGACAGAAGAAAUAAAAUUGAAGCCUGUGGACAAGCCAAUCACAGAUGAAACACUGCCGAAAGAAGAAAUUAUUCCUGAAAAGGUCACUGAUCAACCUGAAGAUGAAAAGCCAGAUGAUCAAAAAUCGAAAUUACCUUGGCAACGAGGCAAGAAAGUGCAACGUAAGAUCGUUCAGAAAGAAGAGGAAACGGUUGAGGACAUAAGAUCCGUGUCACUAAAACCUGUAAAACGCCCUCAGAAGCCGGAAGAACCUGAAGACACAGAGGAAGUUCAAUUGAAGCCAGUCAAACGUCUUCCUAAAGAAGAAAAAGUGACCGAAGAAAUAAAAUUGAAGCCUGUAGAUCAGCCAAGCACAGAUGAAACACUGCCAAAAGAGGAAGUUAUUCCUGAAAAGAUUGCUGAUCAACCUGAAGAUGAAAAACCAGAUGAUCAAGCAUCCACAUUACCUUGGCAGCGAGGCAAGAAAGUGCAACGUAAGAUCGUUCAGAAAGAAGAGGAAACGGUUGAGGACAUAAGAUCCGUGUCACUAAAACCUGUAAAACGCCCUCAAAAGCCAGAAGAACCUGAAGACACAGAGGAAGUUCAAUUGAAGCCAGUCAAACGUCUUCCUAAAGAAGAAAAAGUGACCGAAAAAAUAAAAUUGAAGCCUGUAGAUCAGCCAACCACAGAUGAAACACUGCCAAAAGAGGAAAUUAUUCCUGAAAAGAUUGCUGAUCAACCUGAAGAUGGAAAACCAGAUGAUCAAGCGUCCAAAUUACCUUGGCAACGAGGGAAGAAAGUGCAACGUGAGAUCGUUCAGAAAGAAGAGGAAACGGUUGAGGACAUACGAUCCGUGUCAUUAAAACCUGUAAAACGCCCUCAAAAGCCGGAAGAACCUGAAGAUACAGAGGAAGUUCAAUUGAAGCCGGUCAAACGCCUUCCUAAAGACGAGCUAACGGAAGACGUGAUCACCUUAAAACCUGUGAAAACAAUACAAGAAGAAAAAGCGAAGCCCCUUGAACUAAUGGAAGAUCUCAAACCUGAUCAAGAAGAGAUUCCAAAGGCCUAUAUUCCUGAAACAACUGAAACUACAGUAUCUUGGCGAAAAGGAAAGAAGCCAUCCAAAACAAGGCCCUCUACUACAGAGCAGCCUAAUGAAUCAAUGGAGACGGCGGAAAAAAUUUCGGCAGAAAAAGAUGCAUUGCCAUGGAGACGUGGAAAGGAUCGUGUUACAAGAACUAAACAAUCUGUAGAAAAAGUUGUUGAUGAACAACAACUCGUAGAAGAAAGUACAAUUUAUGAGCAGCAAGUGACAGAAGAAAUGGUCUCAUCCGAAAUUACAGAAGUCCGGAAAGAUGAACAAAUCGAAGAUAUCCGCAGCGUCACCUUGAAGAAAGUGAAACGUGAUAGAAAACCCGAUGAGAAGAAAGAUAUAGAACAAGUUUCACUGAAACCACUGAAGAAAAUACCUAAAGAUGAAGAUACCAUUGAAUACAUCCAACAAAAACAUGUUCAAAAACCUGAUGUUGAAGAGGAGAAGCUUGUAGAAGACAAACCGAAACCAAUCAAACCCAAACAACCUACUGAAAAGAUCGAAGAGGUCGUUGGUUUGAAACCCGUCAAGAGGAGAAAAAAACCAGAAGAAAUAGAAAGGGAAGAAAUUCAGUUGGAACCAAUUGAUAAGACUAAGAUCCCAGAGAAAGUCGUACAUCAAGAAGAGCCCGUAACAGAAGAGCCUGAUGAAGAGACUAAUGUUUCGUGGCGUCGUGGAAAGAAACCUAAAAAGGUUGUAGAAACCCCAGUGGAAGAACAGCCAGAGAAAAAAACCCAGGAAGAAGUUAAUUUGGAAGAGAUUGUUGAGGAUACUACGUCGAUUGAGGUUACUCUGAAACCUGAGAAGAAGAAAGCUAAAAAAUCUAAAAAAAUUGUUGAAUUUAAGAAAGACGUGACAAUUGUUCCACUGGACCAGGAAGACGAAAUUACGGAAGUUAUCCAAACAGAGGAAGAAAUUGUCAGUCAGGUCGAGGAAUCUAAGCGCGAAAAACUACAGCCAGUUACGCAUAGCCGACUUCCCGAGGAAAAACCAGACGAAGUCGAAAAAGUUCAUCUCAAACCAAUUCCCAAAAAGUCCAUCGAAGGAAAAACAUCCGAGGAGAAACUAGACGUUCCACUGAAAAAAGAUAAGCCAAAGGACGACGAGAGUACGGAAGGAAUAGACCUGGAAUUCACGUCGAAGGAGGUAGAAGAAAAAAUUAAGGAUGAACCGCAAGAACAGACAGAAUUACCUUGGCGACGUGGCAAAAAGAAGCCUACUCCUGUUGUUAAUGAGAAGCUGGUAGAACCUCAGGCUUCUGAGAAGAGUCCUAAAGAAAAACCUGAGGAAACAGUUGAAGUCUCUUGGCGUACUGGUAAGCGAAAACCACGGGAACCUGAACAGCCACAAGAGGAAGUUCACUUGAAACCUAUUCCGAAAAAACAAUCAGAAGAGGAGGUUCCGGACAAGGUGAAGUUGAAACCCGUUCAAAAAGACAAAAUUGAAGAUGAAAGAGAAGAGGUGAAACUGAAGCCUAUCAAAAAAGAAAAGAAACCAAAGUCUGAAGACGCAGAACAAGUCUCUCUAAAGCCUAUCCCGCAGAAACCAGAUGCUGAAGAUCAGCCGGAAGAUAUUCAAUUAAAACCGGUUCCAAAAACAGAAGUCGAAGAGGAUGUACCUCAGCAUUUGAAAAGUAAACCAAUUGAGAAAAAACCGGAAGAUGAGCCAGAAGAAAUUAGGCUUAAGCCCGUCAAGAAGGGGAAGAAACCAACAUCAGAAGAAAAAGAAGUGGUGUCUUUGAAACCGAUCCCACAAAAACCAAUUACCGAAGAGACAGGAGAUGUCGAAUUUGAGCGCUUGAGAAAACCAUCUAUUGAUCAACAGAAAGUUGAACAGCCCGAACUGCAGCCUGAAAAACUCGAAGAAGUGCCCGAAAAAGAUCAGCCAUCUGAAACGGCACAGCUACCAUGGAAACGCGGUAAGAAACCCAAGAAGUCUGAGCAGGUAGUCGAAAAACUUGAAGAGGUCAAAUUAAAGCCUGUCAAGAAAGAAAAGAAACCAGAGACCGAAGAUAUAGAACAAGUCUCUCUGAAGCCUAUACCUCAGAAAUCGGUUGUCGAAGAUACGGGAGUAGUGGAACUCGAGCGCCUCACAAAGCCAUCUAUCGAUGAUCACGAAGUUGAUCAGCCAGAAGCGCAGUUCGAAGUGCAGCCUGAAAAACUCGAAGAAGUCCCUGAAAAAGACCAGCCAUUAGACAUGGCACAGCUACCAUGGCGACGGGCUAAGAAACCGAAGAAGCCUGAACAGAUUCAAGAAAAAGUAGAAGAAGUCCAACUAAAGCCUGUCAAGAAAGAGCAGAAACCAGAGACCGGAGAUGUAGAACAAAUCUCUCUGAAGCCUAUACCUCAAAAACCUGUUGAUGAAGAGCAGCAGGAAAAAGUGCAAUUGAAAUUGAUUCCAAAAACAGAAGUCGAUGAGCAGGCGCUUGAGCGUUUGAAACGUAAGCCUGUUCAAAAAGAAAAAUCUGAAGACAAACCAGAAGAUAUCAAACUGAAACCUGUGAAAAGGGGAAAGAAGCCAGUGCCAGAUGAAAAAGAAGUAAUAUCUCUGAAACCAAUCCCAUCGAAAACAGCUACCGAAGACACAACAGAGGUUGAAUCUGAGCGCACUAGAAAACCAUCUAUUGACAAUGAAAAACUUGAGCAACCAGAACUACAGCUUGAACAACUCGAGGAAGCGCGUAAAGAAGAUCAGCCAUCUGAAAUAGCACAGUUACCGUGGCGAAGGGGUAAGAAACCCAAGAAGCCUGAUCAGGUGGAGGAAAAACCGGAAGAGGUUAAAUUGAAGCCUGUAAAACGGAAAGAUACUGAGGAAGUUGACCAGCCUGAAGAAGUUGUACUGAAACCGGUAAAGAAACAAGACGUUCCAGAAAGCGUCAAGCCUGAAGAAUCCAGACUAGAACCUAUACCAAUUGCUGAAACAGAGAAAGAAGAUACUAUCGAGGAAACAGUGACGUCAGUAGAAGAAAUUAAGAUCGGAAAGAAACAGAAGACGGUUAAGAUCAAUACCAAAGCCAUCGAGAUCAUCGAUGACAAGCCAGUUGAUGAAAUUACAGAAAUUACGGAACUGGAUAUUACGACUAAAAAGCGUAUGGAUACAAAAGAACUCGUUCAAAAAGACGUUCAACCCGAGGAACAAAAGCGCAAACGCAGACAGAGAACCCAAGUUGAUAUAUCGAUUGCUGACAAAACUAAAAAAGUUGCGCCAAGAUUCAUACAAAAGCUCCAACCCGUUAUCGCCGAGCCAGACAAACCAGCCAAAUUUACUUGCACAGUGAUCGGUAAUCCGUUCCCGGAAGUAGCGUGGUACAGAAACGAACAGGAAUUACAUGCUAGUGAGAAGUACGUCAUGACGGUUGUCGAAACCACGGCAACACUGGAGAUAACGAAUGUUAAAGAGGAAGACGUGGCGAUGUAUUCUUGCAGAGCCUCUAAUCCUGCUGGUGUUGCUACCUCUACAGUGAAUCUAGUCAUAUUCGAAAAAGAAGAGGAAGGUAUCGCACCACACUUCACAACACCGAUCAAGCCAUUGAUGGCUGAAGAGCACAAGCCAGCUACUCUGGAGUGCAUUGUUACAGGAACUCCAACGCCUGAAGUAAAAUGGUAUCGUGGAGAGAAGGAAGUGAAGCCGAAGAAGGGAACAGAGAUAACAUUCAAACCAGAAACUGGAGAGGCUAAGCUGACUAUUCUGGAACCAACACCCGAAGACGAAAAGGUUUACAGAGUUCGCGCAGUGAAUAAAUUCGGUCGAGCUGAAUGCAGGGCUAACUUGCUUAUCACUAAUUCUGUACUAGUCACAAAACCUGAGGUGAUGUACGCUCCAAAGAUUACUAAACCUUUGCCAGCACUUAUAGUAGAAAAGGGUAAGCCGUUAAUAUUAACCGCCGAUUUCGAAAGCCAGCCAAAGGGAGAAGUCAAGUGGUUCAAAAAUGGUACUGAAAUCAAACCUUCACCUAAACAAAAAUUAGAAGUCUUCGAAAAUACAACCGAAUUAACAAUCGCCGAUGUCUCAAAGAAAGACAGUGGGAAGUAUGAAGUCAGAGUACAGAACCCAGCCGGCGAAGCCCGCAGUUCGGGAUCUGUCACCAUCACGAAACAACAAGAAUCACCUGACACAGUGCAGGCACCAAGGUUCAUUGAACCUCUUCAACCACAGAUCGUCGCUCCGGGUGAAGUCGUUAUUAUGGAAGCAAGAGUCGAGUCAUACCCAACUGCGUCAUUCCAAUGGUUCCACAACGAUCACGCCCUCAUGUCAUCCCCUGAGCUAAGAAUCGUGACGCUAGAAAAUCGAUCCGUUCUUCUGGUCAAAGAGAUUGUCCCAGAAUUUGCUGGCUCGUAUACGUGUCGCGCCGAGAACGUUGCUGGAUCUGUAACCUGCACAGCGAGUGUCAACAUUACCGAUGAAACCUGGGAAGAAACGGUUGAACUGCUUUCACCCACAUUUGUCAGAAAAUUAUCACCCGUCAGGGUCAUGGACGGCGAAAGCGUUAACCUGACCUGCAUCGUUCAGGGUAAACCAAUCCCUAAAGUCGAAUGGUUCCACGAUAACAAGCCGAUCAAGGAAGGAAAAGAAAUUACCAUUCUUCAAGAUACCGAGGGUGUUUGCAGUCUCGCAAUCACGGAAGUUUUCCCUGAAGAUGCUGGCGAAUACACCUGCCAAGCGAUUAAUCCUGUUGGCGAAACAGUCUGCACCACGUCUCUCGUGGUUGAAGCAUACGAAUACGUACCGGAUUCAGAGAUAGCGUCAUCGAUUGUUGCAACUUCCCUAAUCACUGGGCAGAGUGGCUCAGAAGAGGAUCUGCUGUCUCCUAAGGAGACUCCACUCUCAGAUACUGACACAGAGGAUUCUGCACCAGAAAUAACGAAGAAACUUCCUCAGUUAAUUCCUACAAAAGAUGGGGAAUUAACUCGAUUGGAAGUUAAAGUCAAGGGAAAGCCCAAGCCACAAGGAAAGUGGUACAAACAGGGCACGGAGAUAGUUCCAUCAGAAGAGUUCCAAAUUGAAGAAUUUGACGACGGAACAUCGGUGUUAACAAUAACUGAAGCAUAUCCGGAUGAUACCGGUGAAAUUGUGUUCGAGGCGCACAAUCCUUUGGGCGUCUCGACAACGACUACAUAUCUAUCUGUAGGAGGUAUUCUCGGAACGAAGGAUUACAGAAAACCAGAAUGGGUUACCCAUAUGGAGGAAAUGCAAGAAGCUCUUCGAGCUACACAAUCUGUACCGCGAUUUAUUCAAGAAAUUACCCCUACAUAUGUUCAAGAAGGAGAACCUGUAGAAUUUGAAUGCAUAUACUCAGGAAACCCUGAGCCAGAUGUAGUCUGGUACAAGAAUGACAAACUCGUAAGCAACACCGAGAACUUGAAAGUACGACUUAAGGGUAAUUCAAAGACGUCCUUAACGAUAAAGCGGACCACGAAAGAAGACGAUGGAAUCUACGUUUGCAAGGCUACCAGUGAUAUUGGUCUCGCCAUCACCAAAGCCAGGCUGAACGUCAGCGAUGUCACUGGAGCUCCACUGCAACCACAAGAGGAGGAAAAGCCGGAAGAAGUCAAGCCUGAAAAGAAGCCGGAAAAGAAGAAGAGGCAUGAAAUCAAAAAAGCCCAUGCUACAAAGGAAAAAGUUAAGCCAGAACGAGUGAGGGUCGAUAAGACAACGACGGUUGAAGAAAUAGGCGUUCCGCUAUCACAGCGUGAAGACAAGAAAAUUGUCGACGUUCAAGAGGUGCAGGUGUUCGAAAGCACCGAAACUAUUGAAGAGGAAAGACGCGAGGUGUCCCAGGCUAAGAAAGUGAUUCCCAUCCAAGAACCAGUUUCCACCGAAGCUACCGCAAGUCUGAAGAAGAUCGACGAAAAGCCGAAAGAGAUCAAGUCAUGGCCUGAAGAUCGGGCUAAGCCGGUAGUGGAAGAGCUGGAGAGUGUCGAAAUUUCAGAAGUGAAAACAGAAGACACAAUUCAGGACUUAGUGGUCAAACCAUCGGAAGAGAAGCCGAAGAAGAAGAGAGUAAAGUCAGAGAAGAAACAACAAGCUGUUGAAAAGGUGACAGUGACCGAGGUCAGGGUCGAGCAAGUGAUAGUAGAACAAAAGGAAGAAAUUGCCAAGGAAGUCGACGAGCUUAUGGAGGUCUUAAACGCUACCGAAUUUGGCCCCGGUGAGUCACCGCUUAGGGAAUUGGCCACGAUUGGUUACCUGGUACGACAAGGUGUCUCGGUGAACGAGAUAAACGAGAGCUUGUACCAGACGGACAAGUUCCCAGCCUUGAGGACACCCGAUGCUCAGAGCGCUCUGGUUCAACUGGUCGAGAGGGAAGGCCAUGGGCCCUUGAUUACUCAAGUCUUGACUGAGGAAACAACCGCCGAUGAGAGCAUCGUCGCUGCCACUGUUGGAUUCCGAGCAUUCAUGAGAAUGGUCGAGCUCCAGCAUGCCACCGUCGAAGAAGUCAUCACCCACUUUGCUCCCGAAGACUUCCGACCACAUGCCUGGGAGGUAACGGAAGCAACUGAGAUUAUUUCGGAGCAGCACUUUAUGCAGAGAGUAGAUGUGGAAAGAGAGGAAGUGUAUCGUACGGAGAGAAGAGAUGAGAAAAAAUUGGUGCAAAUUGAAGAUGUUCAGGACAUGAAAGAAUACGAGGACAUUCAUCAAGCACACACAACACUACGCAAGCGUAAAGACAAAAAACCAGUGGAACACACACCGAUUGAGGAAAAACCACAAAAUAGGGAUGAGGGGGUUGAGAUUGUAGAAAUACACACGGACCAAAAACCGCAGGAAUCCGACGUAAUGGAGGAGCAUCUGGAAAAGACAUUCACAGUCGAGAGGGAUUCGAAAGGAAAAUCGCUUCUCAAGAAGAAACGGCGUAGUCAAGCAGAAGAAGAAGUCGUAGAAGAAAUUGUCACUGUCGAUAGUUCCGAGAUAACUAGAAAAACGUUGAAAACUCAAAAGCCUAACGUUGGCGAAAGUGAGCUGGAGCUGGAGGAAAUUGAAGACUUGAUCGUCGUGCCUGACAAAUCGAUAACCAGCCUCGUCCUUAACGUUCCCAGCCAACAGAACGAAAUAGUUGCAAUCGACCAAACAACAGAACAAGCUGGUGGACAGCCAAACACGGAAACAGCGAAGGUUACCCUGGAUACGGUGAAUGCGAUAACCGAACAAUUUGUUCGAACUCAGGAGCAAGAGAUCGAUAAUAUUUCUCAGAUUAAGCCAGACAUUCGAAAAGCAUCUGUGUCCAUAUCUCCAAUAGAACCAUACACUGUUUAUGAGACAAACGUUCAGACGACCACGGGUGACAUUGCAGACAUUGUUAAACCACUCUCAUUUGAGGCUAAGCCACAAUUUAUUCCAUCGGAAGGCUUGAUCGUGAGCGAGACCCUAGUAGACACGACGACAACAGAUUUUAGUGUAAAACCGGAUGUAACUAAAAUCGCGGAGUCUUCUUUAACUUUGCACGAAGCAACGGAAGUGCGCGAAACGACAGUAAAUCAAAAUGAAGUCCCGACGUCAGAUUUCGUCACCCCAAGUAUGGUCAAAGCUGAAGAUACGAUUCUUCCGCAACAAGGAUUGUCGGUGUAUGAGGUGAAUGAGGGCUUGGCCGAGGAAAAACUGGAACCUCUGAAAACUGUGCCCGCUAAACCAAGGGUUCAAAUAUCAUCCUCGGAACCUCUUCAAGUAGAAGAGGUUCUCGCAGAGGAUAAGCCCGGUAAGUACUACCCGGAACUGUUUGUGCCGACGGAAGUAGCGACGGAAUCUGUUAUUUCGCAACAACAGAGAAUCACGGAAGAGAUGAACGCGCCGGAAAGAGAAGGGGUCUACACGCCAGGGAGGUUGCCACCGACUCAAAAAGCUGACGUUGCUGUUUCUACAGGCGAGACAGCAAUCGUCCAAGAACAACCUGUCCAGGAAAGCGAGGGCAUUUAUUUACCAGAUAGAGUUGUUGACUCUUACAACGCGAAGCCGAAUGUCAAUCUGCUUGAAAGUAUAACUGUGUCAACCGUCGACUCGGAACAACAAGAAUCGGCUCUGACGAUCGGAGAGGGCAAGACAGUAACAGCCGAGUUCAAUGUUAUUGAACAGAGCUCAGUCAUCACUUCAGAGACGAUAACUUCCGAGAGAGGAAAUGAUUUGCCAUUGGAGCAAAAACCCGUGUCAAAAUCAGCUGAAACAACGAUUACUCCACUAGAGACUAGUUCGAUAUCAACGCUAAUCAUCCAAGAAUCCGAAGGGGAGUACAAUCCUGAUAAAAAGCCAACAACUGCCCUUGCGGAAACGUCAGUACGUGAAAAGGAGUAUGUCGAAGUAUCUGAAAUUCAUACGGCUGAUCAACCGUCAGACUUUACCGAUAUUCUCAAGUAUGUUACGGAAAAUACCGUCACAUCUGUCCAAGUAUCUGAGGCUAGAAUGGAUCAGGUGACUAUGAUCCACGAACGCGAAGGUACGAUGCAAGAAAUUGUCGGACCUGAAGAGCUUACCAUAGACUCUUCGUUCAAUCCGGUGAAAACUUGCGAGAUAUAUGAAACGACGUCCAUAGAAAGAGAGGGGAAUUUGAAAGUUUAUGAGUUGCCUGAGUCUCACAAAGGUAAACCUACGACUGACCAUACAGUGCAAUCUCUUCUUGUGGAGGAAACACAACCUGACUAUAACGUUGGUGUAAUUCACGUAGAUAGUCCCAUCACAGUAACGGCCAAGGUCAAUCAAACGAACCUUCAAGAAACUGUCACUGAUGAAACGAUCGCGGAUGAAGGUCUGGCACCCGUUGAACAACACAAGACGCCUGAUGCUAAAACAGCAGAGCUGAGCAUUAAUGAAAUCGAGAGUAUUCAUACAACGGAAGUUAUUGUGACUGAAAGUGAGGUAGAGGGUUCUCAAGACCUAGAUGUAAAGGAAGUGUUCGCAAGCCCAGAAUUUACCACUCAAGUUGCAAUCACGCAGGAAGAGGUGCGGACGGAGUCGCCGACGGGAGAUAUUGUGGAAGAUAGUCCCACGAAACGAACAGCAACUUUGUCGCAACUUCCGUGGGAAAGUGCAACAGUAACAUUACAAGAAGUUGCUGAAAAAGAAGGUAUUUACAACAAAGAUGUCAGUCCUGUACAAAAGAUUGCAAGCGUCGAACUGUCUGAAAGCAAAUCUAGCAUUAAUGUUACUGAAGUAAUACCACAUGAUGCUGAAAAUUUGUAUACAUCAGAUUCCAAGCCACAAGAUUUCACCGCCCAACCAUCCGUUCUUGGGCAUACCAUUGCGACAAAACUUGAAACAAUGGUUGAGCACAGUACAGGAGAAAUGUUGGUUGAACAACCUACUGCCAAAAAGGCAAGUGAAAAUCAAGAAGCUUUCGAUGAGCUUAUUAUUACCGAGACUAAUAUUGGUGAAGGAGAAAAACCCAGAGAUGACGAUGCUAAGCCGCUAAUGCAAACUGCAGACCUUAACGUUGCAACUAGAGAAAACGUCACAGUGACCGAGGUACUAUCGGAGCUGAAGGAAACUAUUUUGCAAACAAACGAACAACCCACUCAGCGCACAGUGAAUGUGAAAGUACUUUCGGGUCACGAAGUCGCACAAACUGAAGAGACAAUUAUUUCCAACAGUACCAACGAAUUCAAAGAAAUUGAAAUAAGAUCAGAAACUGCUGUACAGAAGCACGAUGGAUUGGAAAUAGUCCAACACUCUGAAGUAGCACUAUCAGAAAAGGAAGCGCCGUUAUCUGAAGAUGUCAAGCCGCAGUCUAAACAAGCGGAUGUGACUUUCGAAGAAGGUAAAAGUGUCAAUAUUAUUAUACCUCAUGUCGAGGAUAAAGAAGGCACUCUUGAAGAACAAGUCAGACCUCGCUCCGUUGCAGCCACGAUUGACUUUGAAGUCCAGGGAGUUGCUACUAAGAUGGAAGUUGUAGCUGACACAGGUUUAACCGAUCUUAUAAUUGAAGAAGUGAAAGAUGCAAAUGCAAACAAAACAUUACUGCCGUUUGAAACAGUCAUUUCAGAGGAAGUACUCACGCGAGAAAAGGAAGCACCAUUUUCAGAAGUGCAGCCAGCUAACAGAAUAGCGCAACUCGAGUUUGAAGUUGGAGAAAGUCUAAUUGUAACUUCGGUAGUCAGUGGCGACAAUACAAACAUUUUAACCGAGGCUGAAAAACCGAAAGAUCAAUCUGCUACUUUUGAUAUCUCGGCACAUCCCGUUGCUGAAGUAGUAGAAACAAUCACCGAAGACAACACUGAAAAGCUGGUCAGCGAUAUUACAAAAACGGUCACGGCUACUUCUGACCACAUAACUUUCCAAAGUUUGAUUACUUCUGAGACAUCAACGAGUGAACUGGAACAAUCACUUUCUGAUUUUGUCAAGCCAGAUGAAAAAGUACCUGGUGUUGAAUUUGAAGAAGGUAUUAGUAUCACAGUUACACAGACUGUAGCUGAGGACAAGGAACAGGAAUAUCUGGGUAAGCCGAAAAUGGAGGGACAACAAGCCAAGUCUUCAUAUGAUGCACACAGAGUUGCUGAAUCAACUGAAAUCACACCAGAUACUUACCCCGGAAACUUGGUGACCAAAAAACCGGAAUUAGUAUCAGCCAGCGAAGAACAUUUGCCAUUUGAGAGCGUUGUUCAAACUGAAGCUGUCAUUUCUGAAACAGAAAUUAAUUUCACUGAAAAACCAGUGAUUGAAAAAAGUUCUGCAAGUGUUACUUUCAACGAAAGUAUUAAUGUCACCAUUACCGAAGUUGUCUCAGAAGACAGAGAGUCUGCAUUGCAGCCUUUCAAAAAACCAAACAAGAAAACUGCGUCGGUUGAUAUUUCUAGCCAUUCUAUUGCCGAAAAGUCUGAAGUUAUCCCUGAUAUGGAUACUGAGAAACUAAAACAAACGCGACCAAUUAUAGCUGUAGCUGUCCCGACGCAAAUACCUCUUGAAACUAUUGUUCAGUCGGAAACUCAGGCAACUGAGUCUGAAGAACCAUUAUCUGAACAUAAGAAACCAUACCAGGCCACUGCAGAUCUUUCCGUUGUUGAGACACAAGGUAUAGUAGUAUCGUCUGUAGUCUCAGAUGAUAAAGAAGGCCAAUACAAACCUUCGGACCUACCUGAAACAAGGACAGCUGACGAAAGUUUGGUUCAUGCUCACACAAUUGCCCAAACGAUGGAAUAUAUUAUCGACUCUAGCACAGACACGCUAAUUAACGAAGUUUUGUCAUUUUCAACAGCUGUGCCAAAUCAGGUACCAUUUAUUUCUGUACUCCAGUCACAACCGACCGUUCAGGACAAGGAAAGUCAAUUGGUUCCUGAUCUCAAACCUGAGAACAGAAUAGCAAAUGUUGACUAUGAACUAGAAAAGACAGUAGCGAUUUCUGAAGUCACGUUGGGUGAUAAGGAAUUCGAUUACAGUCCUGAGCCACAACCAUAUAAACAUGUGGCAUCAUUCAACAUCAAUCAGACACACGAUAUUGCUGAAACGACGGCAGUUGUCGUUGAAGAUUCAGUCAGUGAGGUUGGCUACCAGAAACCUGAAGUAAAAAUUGCAUCAUCUAGCCAAGAAUUGUAUGAAAGUGUCAUAAUUACCGAGGGCAUGGCAGAGGAUCAGGAAAAACCAUUUGAAGGUAAAUUCAAACCAGAAACUCGCGAUGUCAAUGUAACCGUCGAAGAAGGUAAGCGUGUCUCAAGUGUCACUGAAAUUGUGGCCGACGAUAAAGAGUUGCGCUUGGACGAGCUUCAGAAGCCUAAGGUCCAAACGGCCAGACCUCAAGUAGUUUUAGGUCAUGAGGUUGCUGAAAAUACAGAGGUUAUCACCAGCAUGAAUGUAGGUGAGAUCGAAGCUAUUAAACCAGCUUCGUGCGUCGCUCAAGCGGGACAAAAGCCAUUCGAGACGAUAGAAUUGACUGAAGAAAUUCUGGGGGAAAAAGAAAUAGAUCGUGUUGAAGUCAAGCCACAAACUAGCAAAGCCCGUAUUGCCUUGGAUGAGGAAAGAUCUAUUAUCAUCACAGAAACUACAACUCAAGAUAGCCAAUUUGACCUUACAAGUGAAAUAAAGCCUCGUGAGGGAUUGGCAACAUUCUCUUACGAAGGAAAACAAGUUGCAGAACAAUCAGAAGUCGUGCCACGCGAAGGUGUUGAAGAUAUAACACCAUUAAAAUCAGUAAAAUUUGAGGCAAGUCCAGUACAAACAACUCUCGAAAGCAUAAGCGUCACAGAAGCUGUCUCUGAGGAAAUAAGCCAAGAUUUCCAAGGCAAGAUGGCACCCAAUACCCGACGAAUCAGCGUCUCCUUCGUUGAAGGCCAAAGCAUAUCUGUAACUCAAGUCAUUACUGAUGAUAAAGAAGGCCAAGUUUCUGUCAAUGAAUUCAAAAGUAGCGUGGCUUCUGUCAACACAAGCCAGCUCGGCAAGGAUGUGGCCGCAAAAACAGAGAUCAUCGUCGACCAAAAUAUCGGGACGCUUAAACAGUAUGAUGCAGACAAACUAACUGCAACGUUGAAACAAGAUAUACUCGAACCUAUUAUUGUAGAAGAAGUUCCAGUUGCUGAAAGUGAAAAGCUAUUUGAUGUACCUACAAAGAGAAGAACUGCGUCCAUUGCUCCAACGUUCGAAGAAGGUCAUAGUGUUACAGUGACAGAAACUAUGUCAAGUGAGCAAGAAACUACACUUGAGGUUGAAAAAGUAUUAGAUUCUAAAGAAGCGACAAGUACUGUCGUAACAGAACAUGGUUCAGUACAAACAACAGUAGUUGAGUCUCAAAUCGAAGUUGAGAAACGAGUAUCCGAUUUCGAUUCGAAGACUCAAACGGUCCAUAUGGGACAAGAGCCUUUUGAGAGUAUAACUGUAACUGAAAGUAUAGCAGAAGAAGCUGAGAGAUCAUUUGACGGAACAUUUAUGCCAGCUACUCAAACAGCUGAUAUCCACGUACAAGACGUCAAGCCGUUGCAAAUAUCAGAAAUAGUAACAGAAGACAAAGAAGACAAUUUGAAUAUUUCAUUGGACUAUACCAAAGGCACAGCACAAAGUGAGUUUACCACUUUCGACAGUAUUCAAAGUUCGGAAGUUGCAACGAUUCAAAAUGUUGGAGAAAUACAAGAAACAAAACGUCCGUCAUCUCUAGCAACGGUAACCCAAACUACAUUAGAAUCUGUUAUUAAUGUAGAGAUGACUGUUGGAGAAAGCGAGGAAGUUUUCCAAGGAAAAUUCGAACCCAGGAAACAAAAAGUUAUGCCCGAAAUGGAAAGUUUAAGUUCGGUAAAUGUAACCGAAAUUCUGACCAACGAAACUGAGUUCGAGCUAUCAGGAUUAGUAAUUCCUAAGGAAGAGCAGGCUCAACCUAAUUUAUCUGGCAGAGAAGUAGCUGAGACAUUGCAAGUGCUAACCUCAACAAAUACAGAGGAGCUGGUGAAACCGAUAAAAGCAGAAGAGCGAAUGGGUCAUCCAGUAAUAGAAGAAUUAACAUCUGUCACUGUCAGUGAGGUCAUAUUGAACGAAAUCGAAAGUGUACUAGAAGAUACAGUGACUGCUAAGAAUCAAACAGCUACGCCAAAUCUAUCAGGUAGAGAAAUUGCUGAGACGACUCAAGUCUUAACAUCAACGACUACGGAAAAUCUCAUCCAAACUAAAAUGCCUAAAGCAGAAAAAGGUAAACCACAAUUAGACGAAUUGACAUCAUUGACGAUAUCCCAAAUAGUUACGAAUGAAACAGAGGAAUCAUUGCCCAAAUAUGAAACACUUGGUAAACAAAAAGCUUCGCCGCACGUGUCGGGCAGAGAAAUAGCCGAGACUAUACUAGUCAAGGCCAUUGACAACACGAAUGAACUCUUUACAACAGAGGCUAAGGAACAAACAGGAACAACGAAUUUAGAAGAGUUGGCAGCAGUGACUAUUUCCGAAGUAAUUUCCAAUGAAACCGAAGAUAUUUUGACAUUAUCGCAAGCACCCAAUGAACAGAAAGCAAUACCGCAGUUAUCUGGUCGAGAAGUGGCUGAGACAAGUCAAAUUCAGACAGAAGUCCGUACUGGCGAACUCAUGAAACAAAAAGCACCUGAAGAACAAAGAGGAAUGCCAAACUUGGAAGAAUUGUCGUCUGUAUCGGUCUCUGAAAUUGUUUACAAUGAAAGCGAGAUUAUUUUACAAAGCAAAGAUGCACCGAAAAAACAAAAGGCGUUUCCACUUUUGUCAAGUCGAGAGGCCGCACAGACCAUGGAGGUUAUGACAUCCGCGAAUACCGAAAAGUUGGUCAAUCCGGAACAACCUGAAAGCAAAACAAUUCUUCCAAAACAAGUUCCAUUUGAAAGUCUGGAACAAACUCAACCAAUCUUGAGAGACAGCGAGAAGCCUUUAGUCAUAGAUGAACUGAAAUCAUCAACGCAGGCAAAUGUGAGCUUCGAACUUACACAAAGUCUCAUAAUUACUCAGGUAACAGCAGACGAGACAGAAUCAAAGGACGUAGUUGAAGGCGUUGCCAAGGAAGUAACUGCCACACCUGACAUUGUUAAACGGGAAAUUGCAGUAAAGUCAGAGAUCUUAGCGGAAGGCGUUGCCUCAGAGUUUGUUACUGAUAAACCCUUAACAAAAAUUGCUAAGACAGUCAAAGACGAAAAGUACGGGGUUGUAGUUACUGAACUUCAGUCGACGGGUGAACUAGAAUCGGAAUUACAUAAAUCUGUUGAGCCUUUUGCAAAACAAGUGACUGUGUCAUUCGAAGCUGAUCAUCUGGAAAAAGUGAUAGAAACAACAGAAGCACGAGCGCUACACCACCAAACAACAUACACACAACACACUUUAACACACGAAACCCCGAAGAUAACAACACAAAUGAAUAGUGAAUCUGACACAGAGGUGACUGAAGAAUACACAACUAAAUUCACACGUGGAGAUGAUGAGGAGGCAACAGCAGCGGUAAAGACAAAAAGGACCACGAUCCGUAGAAGAAAACCAUCUACAAAGGAAGAUGACAAUAUUGUAGUAAUCGAAGAGGAGAUAGAAAACAUAAAGUCGGAAUUACCGACAAUACCUAGAAAACAAUUUAUGUCUAUUGAAGAAGUAUCCGAUACUGGAGACAUCGAGGAGAUCAGGCCGACGAAGGUGGAGGAGGCCAGAGACAUCUUUGAUGUUGAAAAACCGGUGGAAGAAGUGAUUAUCGACGAGACGACGGAGGAAUUACCUGCUCCAGAGCGAGCAGAGCCCGUCGAACGUGAGGAAACUCGCGAACAAGUCACCGUAACGGAAGAAGUAACUCAUGAAGGCAAACCUCGUAAGGUUGUCGAGAAACGCAUUGUCAAGCGGAAGGGCAGAAAGCAGCAGGUCACUGAGGAGGUGACUGUUGAAGAAGAUGGAAAAGCUCCAGUCACGACCGUAACUGAAAAACCGGUGGAAGAAGUGACAUUCGACGAAACGACCGAGGAAUUACCUGCUCCAGAGCGAGCAGAGCCCGUCGAACGUGUGGAAACUCGCGAACAAGUCACCGUAACGGAAGAAGUAACUCAUGAAGGCAAACCUCGUAAAGUUGUCAAGAAACGCAUCAUCAAGCGAAAGGGCAAAAAGCAGCAGGUCACGGAGGAGGUGACUGUCGAAGAAGAUGGAAAAGCUCCAGUCACGACCGUCACCGAAAAACCAGUGGAAGAAGUGAUUAUCGACGAGACGACGGAGGAGAUAUCUGCUCCAGAGCGAGCAGAGCCCGUCGAACGUGAGGAAACUCGCGAACAAGUCACCGUAACGGAAGAAGUAACUCAUGAAGGCAAACCUCGUAAAGUUAUCAAGAAACGCAUCAUCAAGCGGAAGGGCAAAAAGCAGCAGGUCACGGAGGAGGUGACUGUCGAAGAAGAUGGAAAAGCUCCAGUCACGACCGUAACUGAGAAACCGGUGGAAGAAGUGACAUUCGACGAAACGACCGAGGAAUUACCUGCUCCAGACCGAGCAGAGCCCAUCGAACGUGAGGAAACUCGCGAACAAGUCACCGUAACGGAAGAAGUCACUCAUGACGGUAAACCUCGCAAGGUUGUCAAGAAACGCAUUGUAAAGCGGAAGGGCAGGAAGCAGCAGGUCACUGAGGAGGUGACUGUCGAAGAAGACGGAAAAGCUCCAGUCACGACCGUCACCGAAAAACCGGUGGAAGAAGUGACUUUCGACGAAACGACCGAGGAAUUACCUGCUCCAGAGCGAGCAGAGCCCGUCGAACGUGAGGAAACUUGCGAACAAGUCACCGUAACGGAAGAAGUAACUCAUGAAGGCAAACCUCGUAAGGUUGUCAAGAAACGCAUUGUCAAGCGGAAGGGCAGAAAGCAGCAGGUCACUGAGGAGGUGACUGUUGAAGAAGAUGGAAAAGCUCCAGUCACGACCAUUACUGAUGAACCGGUGGAAGAAGUGAUUAUCGACGAGACGACGGAGGAGAUACCUGCUCCAGAGCGAGCAGAGCCCGUCGAACGUGAGGAAACUCGCAAACAAGUCACCGUAACGGAAGAAGUGACUCAUGAAGGCAAACCUCGUAAAGUUAUCAAGAAACGCAUCAUCAAGCGGAAGGGCAAAAAGCAGCAGGUCACUGAGGAGGUGACUGUCGAAGAAGACGGAAAAGCUCCAGUCACGACCGUCACUGAAAAACCGGUGGAAGAAGUGACUUUCGACGAAACGACCGAGGAAUUACCUGCUCCAGAGCGAGCAGAGCCCGUCGAACGUGAGGAAACUCGCGAACAAGUCACCGUAACGGAAGAAGUAACUCAUGAAGGCAAACCUCGUAAAGUUGUCAAGAAACGAAUCAUCAAGCGGAAGGGCAAAAAGCAGCAGGUCACGGAGGAGGUGACUGUCGAAGAAUAUGGAAAAGCUCCAGUCACGACCGUCACCGAAAAACCGGUGGAAGAAGUGACUUUCGACGAAACGACCGAGGAAUUACCUGCUCCAGAGCAAGCAGAGCCCGUCGAACGUGAGGAAACUCGCGAACAAGUCACCGUAACGGAAGAAGUAACUCAUGAAGGCAAACCUCGAAAAGUUGUCAAGAAACGCAUUGUCAAGCGAAAGGGCAAGAAGCAACAGGUCACUGAGGAGGUGACUGUCGAAGAAGAUGGAAAAGCUCCAGUCACGACCGUCACCGAAAAACCAGUGGAAGAAGUGACUUUCGACGAAACGACCGAGGAAUUACCUGCUCUAGACCGAGCAGAGCCCAUCGAACAUGAGGAAACUCGCGAACAAGUUACCGUGACGGAAGAAGUCACUCAUGAAGGUAAACCUCGCAAGGUUGUCAAGAAACGCAUUGUCAAGCGAAAGGGCAAGAAGCAACAGGUCACUGAGGAGGUGACUGUCGAAGAAGACGGAAAAGCUCCAGUCACGACCGUCACUGAAAAACCGGUGGAAGAAGUGACUUUCGACGAAACGACCGAGGAAUUACCUGCUCCAGAGCGAGCAGAGCCCGUCGAACGUGAGGAAACACGCGAACAAGUCACCGUAACGGAAGAAGUAACUCAUGAAGGCAAACCUCGUAAAGUUGUCAAGAAACGAAUCAUCAAGCGAAAGGGCAAAAAGCAGCAGGUCACGGAGGAGGUGACCGUCGAAGAAGAUGGAAAAGCUCCAGUCACGACCGUCACCGAAAAACCGGUGGAAGAAGUGACUUUCGACGAAACAACCGAGGAAUUACCUGCUCCAGAGCGAGCAGAGCCCGUCGAACGUGAGGAAACUCGCGAACAAGUCACCGUAACGGAAGAAGUAACUCAUGAAGGCAAACCUCGUAAAGUUGUCAAGAAACGCAUUGUCAAGCGAAAGGGCAAGAAGCAACAGGUCACUGAGGAGGUGACUGUCGAAGAAGACGGAAAAGCUCCAGUCACGACCGUCUCUGAAAAACCGGUGGAAGAAGUGACUUUCGACGAAACGACCGAGGAAUUACCUGCUCCAGAGCGAGCAGAGCCCGUCGAACGUGAGGAAACUCGCGAACAAGUCACCGUAACGGAAGAAGUAACUCAUGAAGGCAAACCUCGUAAAGUUGUCAAGAAACGCAUUGUCAAGCGAAAGGGCAAGAAGCAACAGGUCACUGAGGAGGUGACUGUCGAAGAAGAUGGAAAAGCUCCAGUCACGACCGUCACCGAAAAACCAGUGGAAGAAGUGACUUUCGACGAAACGACCGAGGAAUUACCUGCUCCAGACCGAGCAGAGCCCAUCGAACGUGAGGAAACUCGCGAACAAGUUACCGUAACGGAAGAAGUCACUCAUGAAGGUAAACCUCGCAAGGUUGUCAAGAAACGCAUUGUCAAGCGGAAGGGCAGGAAGCAGCAGGUCACUGAGGAGGUGACUGUCGAAGAAUAUGGAAAAGCUCCAGUCACGACCGUCACCGAAAAACCGGUGGAAGAAGUGACUUUCGACGAAACGACCGAGGAAUUACCUGCUCCAGAGCAAGCAGAGCCCGUCGAACGUGAGGAAACUCCCGAACAAGUCACCGUAACGGAAGAAGUAACUCAUGAAGGCAAACCUCGAAAAAUUGUCAAGAAACGCAUUGUCAAGCCAAAGGGCAAGAAGCAACAGGUCACUGAGGAGGUGACUGUCGAAGAAGAUGGAAAAGCUCCAGUCACGACCGUCACCGAAAAACCAGUGGAAGAAGUGACUUUCGACGAAACGACCGAGGAAUUACCUGCUCUAGACCGAGCAGAGCCCAUCGAACAUGAGGAAACUCGCGAACAAGUUACCGUGACGGAAGAAGUCACUCAUGAAGGUAAACCUCGCAAGGUUGUCAAGAAACGCAUUGUCAAGCGAAAGGGCAAGAAGCAACAGGUCACUGAGGAGGUGACUGUCGAAGAAGACGGAAAAGCUCCAGUCACGACCGUCACUGAAAAACCGGUGGAAGAAGUGACUUUCGACGAAACGACCGAGGAAUUACCUGCUCCAGAGCGAGCAGAGCCCGUCGAACGUGAGGAAACUCGCGAACAAGUCACCGUAACGGAAGAAGUAACUCAUGAAGGCAAACCUCGUAAAGUUGUCAAGAAACGCAUUGUCAAGCAAAAGGGCAAGAAGCAACAGGUCACUGAGGAGGUGACUGUCGAAGAAGACGGAAAAGCUCCAGUCACGACCGUCUCUGAAAAACCGGUGGAAGAAGUGACUUUCGACGAAACGACCGAGGAAUUACCUGCUCCAGAGCGAGCAGAGCCCGUCGAACGUGAGGAAACUCGCGAACAAGUCACCGUAACGGAAGAAGUAACUCAUGAAGGCAAACCUCGUAAAGUUGUCAAGAAACGCAUUGUCAAGCGAAAGGGCAAGAAGCAACAGGUCACUGAGGAGGUGACUGUCGAAGAGGAUGGAAAAGCUCCAGUCACGACCGUCACCGAAAAACCAGUGGAAGAAGUGACUUUCGACGAAACGACCGAGGAAUUACCUGCUCCAGACCGAGCAGAGCCCAUCGAACGUGAGGAAACUCGCGAACAAGUUACCGUAACGGAAGAAGUCACUCAUGAAGGUAAACCUCGCAAGGUUGUCAAGAAACGCAUUGUCAAGCGGAAGGGCAGGAAGCAGCAGGUCACUGAGGAGGUGACUGUCGAAGAAUAUGGAAAAGCUCCAGUCACGACCGUCACCGAAAAACCGGUGGAAGAAGUGACUUUCGACGAAACGACCGAGGAAUUACCUGCUCCAGAGCAAGCAGAGCCCGUCGAACGUGAGGAAACUCGCGAACAAGUCACCGUAACGGAAGAAGUAACUCAUGAAGGCAAACCUCGAAAAGUUGUCAAGAAACGCAUUGUCAAGCGAAAGGGCAAGAAGCAACAGGUCACUGAGGAGGUGACUGUCGAAGAAGAUGGAAAAGCUCCAGUCACGACCGUCACCGAAAAACCAGUGGAAGAAGUGACUUUCGACGAAACGACCGAGGAAUUACCUGCUCCAGACCGAGCAGAGCCCAUCGAACGUGAGGAAACUCGCGAACAAGUUACCGUGACGGAAGAAGUCACUCAUGAAGGUAAACCUCGCAAGGUUGUCAAGAAACGCAUUGUCAAGCGAAAGGGCAAGAAGCAACAGGUCACUGAGGAGGUGACUGUCGAAGAAGACGGAAAAGCUCCAGUUACGACCGUCACUGAAAAACCGGUGGAAGAAGUGACUUUCGACGAAACGACCGAGGAAUUACCUGCUCCAGAGCGAGCAGAGCCCGUCGAACGUGAGGAAACUCGCGAACAAGUCACCGUAACGGAAGAAGUAACUCAUGAAGGCAAACCUCGUAAAGUUGUCAAGAAACGCAUCAUCAAGCGGAAGGGCAAAAAGCAGCAGGUCACGGAGGAGGUGACUGUCGAAGAAGACGGAAAAGCUCCAGUCACGACCGUCUCUGAAAAACCGGUGGAAGAAGUGACUUUCGACGAAACGACCGAGGAAUUACCUGCUCCAGAGCGAGCAGAGCCCGUCGAACGUGAGGAAACUCGCGAACAAGUCACCGUAACGGAAGAAGUAACUCAUGAAGGCAAACCUCGUAAAGUUGUCAAGAAACGCAUUGUCAAGCGAAAGGGCAAGAAGCAACAGGUCACUGAGGAGGUGACUGUCGAAGAAGAUGGAAAAGCUUCAGUCACGACCGUCACCGAAAAACCAGUGGAAGAAGUGACUUUCGACGAAACGACCGAGGAAUUACCUGCUCCAGACCGAGCAGAGCCCAUCGAACGUAAGGAAACUCGCGAACAAGUUACCGUAACGGAAGAAGUCACUCAUGAAGGUAAACCUCGCAAGGUUGUCAAGAAACGCAUUGUCAAGCGGAAGGGCAGGAAGCAGCAGGUCACUGAGGAGGUGACUGUCGAAGAAUAUGGAAAAGCUCCAGUCACGACCGUCACCGAAAAACCGGUGGAAGAAGUGACUUUCGACGAAACGACCGAGGAAUUACCUGCUCCAGAGCAAGCAGAGCCCGUCGAACGUGAGGAAACUCGCGAACAAGUCACCGUAACGGAAGAAGUAACUCAUGAAGGCAAACCUCGAAAAGUUGUCAAGAAACGCAUUGUCAAGCGAAAGGGCAAGAAGCAACAGGUCACUGAGGAGGUGACUGUCGAAGAAGACGGAAAAGCUCCAGUCACGACCGUCACUGAAAAACCGGUGGAAGAAGUGACUUUCGACGAAACGACCGAGGAAUUACCUGCUCCAGAGCGAGCAGAGCCCGUCGAACGUGAGGAAACUCGCGAACAAGUCACCGUAACGGAAGAAGUAACUCAUGAAGGCAAACCUCGUAAAGUUGUCAAGAAACGCAUCAUCAAGCGGAAGGGCAAAAAGCAGCAGGUCACGGAGGAGGUGACUGUCGAAGAAGAUGGAAAAGCUCCAGUCACGACCGUCACCGAAAAACCAGUGGAAGAAGUGAAUUUCGACGAAACGACCGAGGAAUUACCUGCUCCAGACCGAGCAGAGCCCAUCGAACGUGAGGAAACUCGCGAACAAGUUACCGUAACGGAAGAAGUCACUCAUGAAGGUAAACCUCGCAAGGUUGUCAAGAAACGCAUUGUCAAGCGAAAGGGCAAGAAGCAACAGGUCACUGAGGAGGUGACUGUCGAAGAAGACGGAAAAGCUCCAGUCACGACCGUCACUGAAAAACCGGUGGAAGAAGUGACUUUCGACGAAACGACCGAGGAAUUACCUGCUCCAGAGCGAGCAGAGCCCGUCGAACGUGAGGAAACUCGCGAACAAGUCACCGUAACGGAAGAAGUAACUCAUGAAGGCAAACCUCGUAAAGUUGUCAAGAAACGAAUCAUCAAGCGGAAGGGCAAAAAGCAGCAGGUCACGGAGGAGGUGACCGUCGAAGAAGAUGGAAAAGCUCCAGUCACGACCGUCACCGAAAAACCGGUGGAAGAAGUGACUUUCGACGAAACGUCCGAGGAAUUACCUGCUCCAGAGCAAGCAGAGCCCGUCGAACGUGAGGAAACUCGCGAACAAGUCACCGUAACGGAAGAAGUAACUCAUGAAGGCAAACCUCGAAAAGUUGUCAAGAAACGCAUUGUCAAGCGAAAGGGCAAGAAGCAACAGGUCACUGAGGAGGUGACUGUCGAAGAAGACGGAAAAGCUCCAGUCACGACCGUCUCUGAAAAACCGGUGGAAGAAGUGACUUUCGACGAAACGACCGAGGAAUUACCUGCUCCAGAGCGAGCAGAGCCCGUCGAACGUGAGGAAACUCGCGAACAAGUCACCGUAACGGAAGAAGUAACUCAUGAAGGCAAACCUCGUAAAGUUGUCAAGAAACGCAUUGUCAAGCGAAAGGGCAAGAAGCAACAGGUCACUGAGGAGGUGACCGUCGAAGAAGAUGGAAAAGCUCCAGUCACGACCGUCACCGAAAAACCAGUGGAAGAAGUGACUUUCGACGAAACGACCGAGGAAUUACCUGCUCUAGACCGAGCAGAGCCCAUCGAACGUGAGGAAACUCGCGAACAAGUUACCGUAACGGAAGAAGUCACUCAUGAAGGUAAACCUCGCAAGGUUGUCAAGAAACGCAUUGUCAAGCGGAAGGGCAGGAAGCAGCAGGUCACUGAGGAGGUGACUGUCGAAGAAGAUGGAAAAGCUCCAGUCACGACCGUCACCGAAAAACCGGUGGAAGAAGUGACUUUCGACGAAACGACCGAGGAAUUACCUGCUCCAGAGCGAGCAGAGCCCGUCGAACGUGAAGAAACUCGCGAACAAGUUACCGUAACGGAAGAAGUCACUCAUGAAGGUAAACCUCGCAAGGUUGUCAAGAAACGCAUUGUCAAGCGGAAGGGCAGGAGGCAGCAGGUCACUGAGGAGGUGACUGUCGAAGAAGAUGGAAAAGCUCCAGUCACGACCGUCACCGAAAAACCGGUGGAAGAAGUGACUUUCGACGAAACGACCGAGGAAUUACCUGCUCCAGAGCGAGCAGAGCCCGUCGAACGUGAGGAAACUCGCGAACAAGUCACCGUAACGGAAGAAGUAACUCAUGAAGGCAAACCUCGUAAAGUUGUCAAGAAACGCAUUGUCAAGCGAAAGGGCAAGAAGCAACAGGUCACUGAGGAGGUGACUGUCGAAGAAGACGGAAAAGCUCCAGUCACGACCGUCACUGAAAAACCGGUGGAAGAAGUGACUUUCGACGAAACGACCGAAGAAUUACCUGCUCCAGAGCGAGCAGAGCCCGUUGAACGUGAGGAAACUCGCGAACAAGUCACCGUAACGGAAGAAGUAACUCAUGAAGGCAAACCUCGUAAAGUUGUCAAGAAACGCAUUGUCAAGCGAAAGGGCAAGAAGCAACAGGUCACUGAGGAGGUGACUGUCGAAGAAGACGGAAAAGCUCCAGUCACGACCGUCUCUGAAAAACCGGUGGAAGAAGUGACUUUCGACGAAACGACCGAGGAAUUACCUGCUCCAGAGCGAGCAGAGCCCGUCGAACGUGAGGAAACUCGCGAACAAGUCACCGUAACGGAGGAAGUAACUCAUGAAGGCAAACCUCGUAAAGUUGUCAAGAAACGCAUCAUCAAGCGGAAGGGCAAAAAGCAGCAGGUCACGGAGGAGGUGACUGUCGAAGAAGAUGGAAAAGCUCCAGUCACGACCGUCACCGAAAAACCAGUGGAAGAAGUGACUUUCGACGAAAGGACCGAGGAAUUACCUGCUCCCGACCGAGCAGAGCCCAUCGAACGUGAGGAAACUCGCGAACAAGUUACCGUAACGGAAGAAGUCACUCAUGAAGGUAAACCUCGCAAGGUUGUCAAGAAACGCAUUGUCAAGCGGAAGGGCAGGAGGCAGCAGGUCACUGAGGAGGUGACUGUCGAAGAAGAUGGAAAAGCUCCAGUCACGACCGUCACCGAAAAACCGGUGGAAGAAGUGACUUUCGACGAAACGACCGAGGAAUUACCUGCUCCAGAGCGAGCAGAGCCCGUCGAACGUGAGGAAACUCGCGAACAAGUCACCGUAACGGAAGAAGUAACUCAUGAAGGCAAACCUCGUAAAGUUGUCAAGAAACGCAUUGUCAAGCGAAAGGGCAAGAAGCAACAGGUCACUGAGGAGGUGACUGUCGAAGAAGACGGAAAAGCUCCAGUCACGACCGUCACUGAAAAACCGGUGGAAGAAGUGACUUUCGACGAAACGACCGAAGAAUUACCUGCUCCAGAGCGAGCAGAGCCCGUUGAACGUGAGGAAACUCGCGAACAAGUCACCGUAACGGAAGAAGUAACUCAUGAAGGCAAACCUCGUAAAGUUGUCAAGAAACGCAUCAUCAAGCGGAAGGGCAAAAAGCAGCAGGUCACGGAGGAGGUGACUGUCGAAGAAGAUGGAAAAGCUCCAGUCACGACCGUAACUAAAAAACCGGUGGAAGAAGUGACAUUCGACGAAACGACCGAGGAAUUACCUGCUCCAGAGCGAGCAGAGCCCGUCGAACGUGAGGAAACUCGCGAACAAGUCACCGUAACGGAAGAAGUAACUCAUGAAGGCAAACCUCGUAAAGUUGUCAAGAAACGCAUUGUCAAGCGAAAGGGCAAGAAGCAACAGGUCACUGAGGAGGUGACUGUCGAAGAAGACGGAAAAGCUCCAGUCACGACCGUCACUGAAAAACCGGUGGAAGAAGUGACUUUCGACGAAACGACCGAGGAAUUACCUGCUCCAGAGCGAGCAGAGCCCGUCGAACGUGAGGAAACUCGCGAACAAGUCACCGUAACGGAAGAAGUCACUCAUGAAGGUAAACCUCGCAAGGUUGUGAAGAAACGCAUCGUCAAGCGGAAGGGCAGGAAGCAGCAGGUCACGGAAGAGGUGACUGUCGAAGAAGAUGGAAAAGCUCCAGUCACGACUAUCACCGAAAAACCGGUGGAAGAUGUUACUUUUGACGAAACGACAGAGGAAUUACCUGCUCCAGAGCGAGCAGAGCCUGUCGAACGUGAGGAAACUCGCGAACAAGUCACCGUAACGGAAGAAGUCACUCAUGAAGGUAAACCUCGCAAGGUUGUCAAAAAACGCAUUGUCAAGCGAAAGGGCAAGAAGCAGCAGGUCACGGAGGAGGUGACUGUCGAAGAAGAUGGAAAACCUCCAGUCACGACCGUAACUGAAAAACCGGUGGAAGAAGUGACAUUCGACGAAACGACCGAGGAAUUACCUGCCGCAGAGCGAGCCGAGCCCGUCGAACGAGAGGAAACUCGCGAACAAGUCACCGUAACGGAAGAAGUCACUCAUGAAGGUAAACCUCGCAAGGUUGUCAAAAAACGCAUUGUCAAGCGAAAGGGCAACAAGCAACAGGUCACGGAGGAGGUGACUGUCGAAGAAGAUGGAAAAGCUCCAGUCACGACCGUAACUGAAAAACCGGUGGAAGAAGUGACAUUCGACGAAACGACCGAGGAAUUACCUGCCGCAGAGCGAGCAGAGCCCGUCGAACGUGAGGAAACUUGCGAACAAGUCACAGUCACGGAAGAAGUAACUCAUGAAGGUAAACCUCGCACGGUUGUCAAGAAACGCAUCAUCAAGCGGAAGGGCAAGAAGCAACAGGUCACAGAGGAAGUUACCGUUGACGAAGAAGGAAAAGCACCAGUCACUACAGUUGUUGAGGUACCUGCAAAUGAAAUUCAUGAUCUUAAUCAUCCAUCCUUCACCGUAGAAUCUAGUACACAGUUGAAGAAAGUUCCCAAGACAGCAUCAAAGAAACUACAACCCAUCAACAUUGAAGUGAUAGAGCAAACGUCGGUGAAGCCCAAAAUAAGUCUACAACAAGCACCUCUAUUUGCUCAGGUCAAACUGAAAAAAGUACUCAUCCCGAGGAAACCGCAAGAUAAAAGUGGUAAAACUAACAUGCCACGAGUUUUGUUGCGUAGCCGUAUCACGGCACACGAAUGGCCUCCAACUGUACAGUAUCCAGUAAUCACACAGAUUGAACCGAAUUACAUACAAAAUGGUAUUCUUUCACGUAAUGUCGAAGAUGCGUUUAAACUCAAAAGGAUAAAACACAAGAAGAGAAAACCAUCUGAUAAAGAAUUGACGGAAUUGGAAAAGCUGGACUUGGAAUUCAACGAACUCAAAAAAGUUCCUUUGGAAAAAAUUGAAGAUAAAUCUGUCUACCAGCGCAAAUCCAAAUCAAAGUCCGCAGAAAAAAGUGAGCCUGGCAAACUCAAAAUUGGGAAAGGUAAGGUACCUUCCAGAGAAGAAAUUGCGGAUGAAAAGAUAUCUUUGAAGAAUGUUGAUAAAGAAGCACUCAUCCAGCCGGAAGAGUCACAAUUCGUACCUAAAAAGAAAGACAAACCAGUUAAAAACUUGAAAGAUACCAAAGAUCGUGAUCAGCCGGAAGUCUCUUCUUUCGAACCUUAUGACGUCGAAUCUAGCAAGCCUGAAAUGGAAGAAAGAGAACCUGUUUCAAGUCUUGAAACAGAUGAAUCUAAACCCAAGCUCUCAGUAAAAAAGAAAUCCAAACCUGCUUCAAAGAAACCGCACCAAGAUGCCGAGACCAUUCCAAUUAUUUCCGGGACUCCGAUGAAAAGGGAACCUGAAGAAAAUACUGACAUCGUACUUAAAAGCCGACAGGGUGCAAAGCCUGAAGAAGAGCCUGAGGUGAUCAAUCUUAAGCCCUGGGAAAAAGCUAACGUGCCUGAAAAAGCGGAAACAUCUGAUGACGAACCUCUUGUAUUUAUUCCUCGGGAUGAUGACGUUACAGAAUCUGUUGAUACUAUAACGACACAGUACAUUGAAGAUUCACCCGACAAACCACUGAAAAAGAUAACCAAGAAGAAGAUUGUUCGGAAACGAGGCAAAGGUAAGCCACAAGUUACAGAAGAAUUGACUGUCGAAGAAGAAGGCAAGGAACCAAAUACCAUCGUUACCGCAAUUGAUGAAGCCCCCGACGACGGACCAUCGACGCAUCUUCUCGAACCAACUUCUGAACAAGAUACACCGAAGGUCAUUGAAGAAAUUCAUGAAGAAAUUAAGGUAACUGAAACAGUGACUGAGCAAGGUCGCCCCAAGAAAGUUAUCAAAAAGCGUAGUAAGAUAAUGCGAGAUGGUCAUAAACGAAUCUUAAAUGAAACGACUGUUGAAGAAGAAGGCAAAAAACCAGUCGUCGUUAGUGUCGAACUACCUGAAGAUACGGUUGACGAGGCCACUCAACCUCUCUCAAUUGAUGAACCCAAAGGCAAGCAGAAACCGACUACGAAAAAGAAAGUCAAAAAGUCAGCCAACAUACCAGCUGAUAAGAUCAUAGAUAUGGAGUUGCUCAAAGCAAAUCUAAAACCGCAGUUGAUGAAGAUUGAAAUCACUGAACAAAAGCCGCUCAGGCCGAAAGUCAUUGCACCAGAAAUACCCUUAUUUGCCCAAGUCAAGCUGAAAAAGACGCCUACUACUAAAAAAUCAAGAGAUGAAAAACAGAAGGUCAAACUUCCGACAGUUUUAUUACGUAGUCGCAUCAUAGAUCACGAGUGGCCUCCAAGUCUACAGUAUCCCUUGAUCGCAACUAUCGAACCCAAUUACAUUCAAAAUGGUAUUCUAUCACGUAAUGUUGAAGAUGCCUUGAAGCUUAAGAAGAUAAAACACAAGAAAAGAAAACCAGAUGAUAAAGAGUUGACGGAAUUAGAAAAGCUGGACUUGGAAUUCGACCAACUUAAAAAAGUUCCCUUGGAGAAAAUUGAAGACAAAUCUGUCUAUGAGCGCAAGCCUAAACCAAACGUUGCAGAAGAAGAUAAGCCUGACAAGCUCAAAAUUGGGAAAGGUAAGGUACCUCCUAGAAAAGAAAUUGAGGAAGACAAAAUAUCUCUAAAGAAAGUUGACAAGAAAACACCCAUUCAGCCGGAAGAAUCGCAAUUGGUACCUAAAACGAACGUUAAACCAGAUAAAAAGACGAAAGAUACCAAAGAUCGUGAUCAGCCGGCACUCUCUCCUUUCGAACCUUACGAUAUUGAGUUUAAUGAACCUGAGUUGGAAGACAAGGAACCCCUUUCAAGUCCGGAAAAAGAGGGAUCGCAGCCCAAGAUACCGAAUAAGAGGAAAUCUAAGCGUGCUCCAAAAAAGCCAGAGCAAGAUAACGAAUCCAUUCUGAUCGUCCCCGGAACUCCCAAAAAAGAGGAAUCUGAAGCGAUACCUGAUAUAAAACUCAAGAGUCGACAGGGUGAAAAACCCGAAGAAGAGGUAGAGUCGGUGAAACUCAAGCCCUGGAAAAAAUCUGAUGAGCCCAAAGAUUCAGAAAUGCUCGAUGACAAACCUCUCGAUUUUGCUCCUCGAGAUGAGGAUGUUACGGAAUCAGUUGAUAUCAUUACAACGAAGUACACUGAAGACUCCCCUCACGAGAAACCAAAAAAGAUUAUAUUGAAGAAGAUCAUAAAGAAACGUGGAAAAGAAAGGCCGAUAAUCACUGAAGAAAGAACAGUCGAAGAAGAAGGCCGAGAGCCGAUCACUACGGUCAGGGCAGUUGAAGAAGUGCUCGUUGACGAAACAACACCUCUUUCAAACAAGUUCCCUGAGGGAGAGAAACCAGCCGUCACUGAAGAAAUUCACGAAGAAGUUAGAGUAAGUGAAAUAGUAACUGAAGGAGGGCAGCCCAAAAAAAUCACUAAAAAACGUCGUAAAGUAACACAAGGCAAUAAAAAACAAAUUACUGAAGAAACAACUAUCGAAGAAGAAGGUAAAGAGCCGGUUACAACAGUAACUGAGAUUCCUGAAGACACAAUACCACUCACACACAAAAAAUUGAAACACACAAAACCAACACUACUCAAAGACGUUGAUCAGAGAACAAAAGGUGAAUCUGAGGAAGUUCUUCGUAAGAUGGAAGUACUUGUUACUAAGGACGAAGAAAUCGUUGAGAUCAUUGAAACUCCAAAAAAGAAAACGAUCAAAAAAAGAAAGAAACCAAUUCAAGAUGAUGCUCCUGAAGAGGUAGUUGAAGAGGUGAUUGAGAAACCAAUAGAGGAAACCACGUUUAUGGAAGAACAACAAAUUGUGGAAAUCAUAGAAACCCCAACAAGAAAGGUUAUCAGGAAGAAAAAGGCUAUUAUCCGAGACGAUGGCGUUCCAGAUGAAGUCGUUGAAGAAAUCGUUAUCGAGAAACCUGCCGAAGAAAAGGCAAAACCGAUUGUCGAAGAUGAGGAAACCGUUAAAAUCACAGAAGUGGAUGUAAAGAAGGCACCGAAGAAGAAGCCAACCAAAAAGACGGUUGUUGAAGAAGAGGAGAUUAUUGAAACGAUUGAAACUCCAACAACGAAAACAAUCAAAAAGAAGAAGAAGCCAACCAAGGAAGGUGCGCCUGAAGAAGUUAUUGAAGAAGUCAUUGAAAAACCAGUCGAAGAGACAACAGUGAUGGAGGAACAACAAAUCGUGGAAAUCAUAGAGACCCCAACAAGAAAGGUUAUCAAGAAGAAAAAGGCUAUUAUCCGAGACGAUGGCGUUCCAGAUGAAGUCGUUGAAGAAAUCGUUAUCGAGAAACCUGCCGAAGAAAAGGCAAAACCGAUUGUCGAAGAUGAGGAAACGGUCCAAAUCACAGAAGUGGAUGUAAAGAAGGCACCAAAGAAAAAGCCAACCAAAAAGACGGUUGUUGAAGAAGAGGAGAUUAUUGAAACGAUUGAAACUCCAACAACGAAAACAAUCAAAAAGAAGAAGAAGCCAACCAAGGAAGGUGCGCCUGAAGAAGUUAUUGAAGAAGUCAUUGAAAAACCAGUCGAAGAGACAACAGUGAUGGAGGAACAACAAAUCGUGGAAAUCAUAGAGACCCCGACAAGAAAGGUUAUCAAGAAGAAAAAGGCUAUUAUCCGAGACGAUGGCGUUCCAGAUGAAGUCGUUGAAGAAAUCGUUAUCGAGAAACCUGCCGAAGAAAAGGCAAAACCGAUUGUCGAAGAUGAGGAAACGGUCCAAAUCACAGAAGUGGAUGUAAAGAAGGCACCAAAGAAAAAGCCAACCAAAAAGACGGUUGUUGAAGAAGAGGAGAUUAUUGAAACGAUUGAAACUCCAACAACGAAAACAAUCAAAAAGAAGAAGAAGCCAACCAAGGAAGGUGCGCCUGAAGAAGUUAUUGAAGAAGUCAUUGAAAAACCAGUCGAAGAGACAACAGUGAUGGAGGAACAACAAAUCGUGGAAAUCAUAGAGACCCCGACAAGAAAGGUUAUCAAGAAGAAAAAGGCUAUUAUCCGAGACGAUGGCGUUCCAGAUGAAGUCGUUGAAGAAAUCGUUAUCGAGAAACCUGCCGAAGAAAAGGCAAAACCGAUUGUCGAAGAUGAGGAAACGGUCCAAAUCACAGAAGUGGAUGUAAAGAAGGCACCAAAGAAAAAGCCAACCAAAAAGACGGUUGUUGAAGAAGAGGAGAUUAUUGAAACGAUUGAAACUCCAACAACGAAAACAAUCAAAAAGAAGAAGAAGCCAACCAAGGAAGGUGCGCCUGAAGAAGUUAUUGAAGAAUUCAUUGAAAAACCAGUCGAAGAGACAACAGUGAUGGAGGAACAACAAAUCGUGGAAAUCAUAGAGACCCCAACCAGAAAGGUUAUCAAGAAGAAAAAGGCUAUUAUCCGAGACGAUGGCGUUCCAGAUGAAGUCGUUGAAGAAAUCGUUAUCGAGAAACCUGCCGAAGAAAAGGCAAAACCGAUUGUCGAAGAUGAGGAAACCGUCCAAAUCACAGAAGUGGAUGUAAAGAAGGCACCAAAGAAAAAGCCAACCAAAAAGACGGUUGUUGAAGAAGAGGAGAUUAUUGAAACGAUUGAAACUCCAACAACGAAAACAAUCAAAAAGAAGAAGAAGCCAACCAAGGAAGGUGCGCCUGAAGAAGUUAUUGAAGAAGUCAUUGAAAAACCAGUCGAAGAGACAACAGUGAUGGAGGAACAACAAAUCGUGGAAAUCAUAGAGACCCCAACAAGAAAGGUUAUCAAGAAGAAAAAGGCUAUUAUCCGAGACGAUGGCGUUCCAGAUGAAGUCGUUGAAGAAAUCGUUAUCGAGAAACCUGCCGAAGAAAAGGCAAAACCGAUUGUCGAAGAUGAGGAAACGGUCCAAAUCACAGAAGUGGAUGUAAAGAAGGCACCAAAGAAAAAGCCAACCAAAAAGACGGUUGUUGAAGAAGAGGAGAUUAUUGAAACGAUUGAAACUCCAACAACGAAAACAAUCAAAAAGAAGAAGAAGCCAACCAAGGAAGGUGCGCCUGAAGAAGUUAUUGAAGAAGUCAUUGAAAAACCAGUCGAAGAGACAACAGUGAUGGAGGAACAACAAAUCGUGGAAAUCAUAGAGACCCCAACAAGAAAGGUUAUCAAGAAGAAAAAGGCUAUUAUCCGAGACGAUGGCGUUCCAGAUGAAGUCGUUGAAGAAAUCGUUAUCGAGAAACCUGCCGAAGAAAAGGCAAAACCGAUUGUCGAAGAUGAGGAAACGGUCCAAAUCACAGAAGUGGAUGUAAAGAAGGCACCAAAGAAAAAGCCAACCAAAAAGACGGUUGUUGAAGAAGAGGAGAUUAUUGAAACGAUUGAAACUCCAACAACGAAAACAAUCAAAAAGAAGAAGAAGCCAACCAAGGAAGGUGCGCCUGAAGAAGUUAUUGAAGAAGUCAUUGAAAAACCAGUCGAAGAGACAACAGUGAUGGAGGAACAACAAAUCGUGGAAAUCAUAGAGACCCCGACAAGAAAGGUUAUCAAGAAGAAAAAGGCUAUUAUCCGAGACGAUGGCGUUCCAGAUGAAGUCGUUGAAGAAAUCGUUAUCGAGAAACCUGCCGAAGAAAAGGCAAAACCGAUUGUCGAAGAUGAGGAAACGGUCCAAAUCACAGAAGUGGAUGUAAAGAAGGCACCAAAGAAAAAGCCAACCAAAAAGACGGUUGUUGAAGAAGAGGAGAUUAUUGAAACGAUUGAAACUCCAACAACGAAAACAAUCAAAAAGAAGAAGAAGCCAACCAAGGAAGGUGCGCCUGAAGAAGUUAUUGAAGAAUUCAUUGAAAAACCAGUCGAAGAGACAACAGUGAUGGAGGAACAACAAAUCGUGGAAAUCAUAGAGACCCCAACCAGAAAGGUUAUCAAGAAGAAAAAGGCUAUUAUCCGAGACGAUGGCGUUCCAGAUGAAGUCGUUGAAGAAAUCGUUAUCGAGAAACCUGCCGAAGAAAAGGCAAAACCGAUUGUCGAAGAUGAGGAAACCGUCCAAAUCACAGAAGUGGAUGUAAAGAAGGCACCAAAGAAAAAGCCAACCAAAAAGACGGUUGUUGAAGAAGAGGAGAUUAUUGAAACGAUUGAAACUCCAACAACGAAAACAAUCAAAAAGAAGAAGAAGCCAACCAAGGAAGGUGCGCCUGAAGAAGUUAUUGAAGAAGUCAUUGAAAAACCAGUCGAAGAGACAACAGUGAUGGAGGAACAACAAAUCGUGGAAAUCAUAGAGACCCCAACAAGAAAGGUUAUCAAGAAGAAAAAGGCUAUUAUCCGAGACGAUGGCGUUCCAGAUGAAGUCGUUGAAGAAAUCGUUAUCGAGAAACCUGCCGAAGAAAAGGCAAAACCGAUUGUCGAAGAUGAGGAAACGGUCCAAAUCACAGAAGUGGAUGUAAAGAAGGCACCAAAGAAAAAGCCAACCAAAAAGACGGUUGUUGAAGAAGAGGAGAUUAUUGAAACGAUUGAAACUCCAACAACGAAAACAAUCAAAAAGAAGAAGAAGCCAACCAAGGAAGGUGCGCCUGAAGAAGUUAUUGAAGAAGUCAUUGAAAAACCAGUCGAAGAGACAACAGUGAUGGAGGAACAACAAAUCGUGGAAAUCAUAGAGACCCCAACAAGAAAGGUUAUCAAGAAGAAAAAGGCUAUUAUCCGAGACGAUGGCGUUCCAGAUGAAGUCGUUGAAGAAAUCGUUAUCGAGAAACCUGCCGAAGAAAAGGCAAAACCGAUUGUCGAAGAUGAGGAAACCGUUAAAAUCACAGAAGUGGAUAUAAAGAAGGCACCGAAGAAGAAGCCAACCAAAAAGACGGUUGUUGAAGAAGAGGAGAUUAUUGAAACGAUUGAAACUCCAACAACGAAAACAAUCAAAAAGAAGAAGAAGCCAACCAAGGAAGGUGCGCCUGAAGAAGUUAUUGAAGAAGUCAUUGAAAAACCAGUCGAAGAGACAACAGUGAUGGAGGAACAACAAAUCGUGGAAAUCAUAGAGACCCCAACAAGAAAGGUUAUCAAGAAGAAAAAGGCUAUUAUCCGAGACGAUGGCGUUCCAGAUGAAGUCGUUGAAGAAAUUGUUAUCGAGAAACCCGCCGAAGAAAAGGCAAAGCCUGCUGUCGAAGAUGAGAGAACCGUCCAAACUACAGAAGUAGAAGCGAUAAGAGUUCCUGAUAAAAAGAAGAAGCCAACAACCUCUAAGGAAAAGCAGCCUUCAGAAGUUGCUGAAGAUAUGAUUUUCGAACAGCCGUGCAGAGAGAAAGCUAUACACGAUAUUCUUCCGAAAGAAAGUAUCGAGACAACUGAAGUCGUCCUUGGGACGUCUACGCAAGAAUUACCUGAAGACGAAAAACCGAGUCAAGAAACAGCAAUUCCAGUUGAAAGCCAGCCUGAUGAGGUCAAGAUCACUGAAGUUCCUGUCAGAAAAGCGUCUAAGAAAACGAAGAAACCUAAAAUUUCAGCGGUAGAGCAGCCUGUUGAAGUUGUUGAGGGCAUUACAACUGAAAAGCCGACCGAAGAACAAGCUACGGAAGAUAUGCUCCCGAAAGAGAGUAUCGAAACAACUGAGAUCAUCCUGGGAACGUCUAUUCAAGAAUUACCCGAGGAUGAACAACCGAGCCAUGAAACAGCUAUGCCAGUUGAAGAACAGCCUGAUAAGGUCAAGAUCACUGAGGUCCCUGUCAAGAAAGCGCCCAAGAAAACGAAGAAACUCAAAACUUCAAAGAUAGAGCAGCCUGUUGAAGUUGUUGAGGGCAUUACAACUGAAAAGCCGACCGAAGAACAAGCUACGGAAGAUAUGGUUCCAAAAGAGAGUAUCGAAACAACUGAGAUUAUUCUGGGAACGUCUACUCAAGAAUUACCCAAGGGUGAAACACCGACCCAUGAAACAGCCAUAUCAGUUGAAGAACAGCCUGAUAAGGUCAAUAUCACUGAGAUCCUUAUCAAGAAAGCGCCCAAGAAAACGAAGAAAGCUAAAGCAUCGGAGAUGGAGCAGCCUGCUGAAGUUGUUGAGGGCAUCACAACUGAAAAGCCAACUGAAGAAAAAGCUACGGAAGAUAUUCUCCCGAAAGAAAGUAUCGUAACAACUGAGGUUAUUCUGGGAACGUCCACUCAAGAAUUACCCGAGGACGAAAAACUGAGCCAAGAAACAACCCUCCUAGUUGAAGAACAGCCCGAUGAGGUCAAGAUCACUGAAGUUCUUGUCAACAAAGCGCUCAAGAAAACAAAGAAACCUAAAGCAUCGGAGAUAGAGCAGCCUGUUGAAAUUGUUGAGGGCAUCACAACUGAAAAGCCAACUGAAGAACAAGCUACGGAAGAUAUGCUUCCGAAAGAGAGUAUCGAAACAACUGAGGUUAUUCUGGGAACGUCUACUCAAGAAUUACCCGAGGACGAAAAACUGAGCCAAGAAACAGCCAUACCAGUUGAAGAACAGCCCGAUGAGGUCAAGAUCACUGAAGUUCCCAUCAGAAAAGCGCCCAAGAAAACGAAAAAGCCUCAAGCGGCAGAAGUGGAGCAGUCUGCUGAAGUUGUUGAGGAUGUUACAACUGAAAAGCCACCGGAAGAACAAGCUACGGAAGAUAUUUUCUCCACAGAAAGUAUUGAAACAACUGAGGUUAUUCUGGGAACGUCUACUCAAGAUCUACCCACGGACGAAAAACCGAGCCAAGAAACAGCUAUGCCAAUUGAAGAACAGCCUGAUAAGGUCAAAAUCACUGAAGUCCCUGUUAAGAAAGCGCCCAAGAAAACGAAGAAACCUAAAGCAUCGGAGAUGGAGCAGCCUGCUGAAGUUGUUGAGAGUAUCACAACUGAAAAACCGACUGAAGAACAAGCUACGGAAAAUAUUGUUCCCAAAGAGAGUAUUGAGACAACUGAGGUUAUUCUUGGAACGUCAGCACUAGAAUUGUUUGAAGACAAGAAACCUGAUCAAGAAAUAGCGGUGCCAGUUGAAGAGCAGCCUAAUAGAGUAGAAGUUGUCGAAGUGGUUAUUUCAAAAGCAACUGUGACGAAGGAAGACAACAGUAAGGCUACUGACAGGGAACAAAAGUCUUCUGAAGCGCCCGUUACGGAAAAACCAGACAAACUUCAUGGUGAAGAAAUUAUCAAGCCUUCUGAAGAACUUCCGACUAAAAAAGUAUUGAAAAAGAAAAAGAAGAAAACAUCUCCAAAGAAAGAGGAUGUUGAAUGGGUUGAACCAGAACCAUACGAAAGACCAGUUCUCGAGCCAAUGCCGGAAAAGAUUCAGUGGGAGCCCAGAUCAAAAACUGAAAGGAAAACUCAGCUUCCAAAGCUACAAAAAUUAGUGCCGCAAAAAAUCGAACGAACUCAAGUAAACCAACCAACGAAAUUGAAAUUUUCACAACCAGAAGAUGAACAGCCUCAAUUCGCAACAAUUAAAUUAAAAAAGGCAGCAAUACCCAAAAAGAAGGAAUCAAAGGGCGUGGUGAUUCCAAAAAUACUUCUUCGUAGUCGAAUUACUUUUAUAGAUGAUUAUCCGCCCCAAUUACGAAAACCAAAAAUAGAUACCUUCGAAGAAAAUCCAGUUCAAUGUGGAAUUCUGUCCAGAAAUACGAAAGAGGCACUUAGAGUGUUAAAAACAAAACAAAAGAAAGUGAAAUUCACAGAAAAAAACGAGAUAGACCUCGAGAGAUUAGAUCAGGAAUUUGAAGAAUUGAAAAAAGUUCCGUUAGAAGAGAUUGAGGAUAAAUCUAUCUACGAACGUCAACCGAAGAAACCAAAGGAAAAGUCAGAAGAGCCUCAACCACUACGUGUCGGUAAGGGUCAAAUUUUGACAUCAGAAGAACCAGAAAUCGACGAAAUAAAAUUGAAGCAGAUACCAGAAAAAAUUGUUGAAGAUACCAAAGAAAUAAAGAAAGAGCCUCUUAAAGAGAAACCUACAGAAAGAAUAAUUCGGGAGGAAACAACUGAACCGCAUACGACAUUAGAACAUGACGAUUUCAAUCCACUCGAUUUCGAGCACCCACUGAUCGAAAAAUAUGUUUCUGACGAAAUUGAACACCCUGCAAAACCUAAGCCCGAACCUGAAAAAACGCAGCAUCCAAAACGAAAGAAAACGAAACCAGAUCAAGAUACUGAACAGAUUCCUUUAAUAAAAGGAAAACCCAAAUCCGAUACCCCAGAGGAAGAACCAGAUGUUACAUUUAGAAUACCAGCCUCUGAUAAGCCUGAAGACGAACCAGAAACCAUCAAGUUGAAGGGCUGGCUGAAAAACAAACCUGAUACCGAAGAUGUAGAAGGGCUCCCAGAUGAUACGGCUGAACCAACGAAGAAGCAUCCAGUAGAUGAUUUCGAAGAAUCGACUAAAAAGAAAAAAAUUUCAAAGAAGUCAAAGCCUGCACCCACUACUACCCCAGAAAAACCUGAAGAGCCUGAAAAAGAAAUAACGUCAAAUGAAACACCUCAAGAAAAGCCUGUCGAAGGUGAGACUAAAAUAGAAGCACCAGUUGAGAAACUUGUUUCAGAACAAAUAAAAGAGGGAAAGCCUGAAGAAAUUUCGUCAGAAGCAACUCUGCCAAAAAAACUGAAAAAGAAAUCUGUGGAGGAAGAAACUCAGGAAGAGGUGACGGUCAAGCAACCCGUUCCAGAGGAUGUGAAACAAGAAGAAACUGAAGAAAUUUCGCACCAAGUCACUCUAAAGAAGAAGCCGAAGAAAAAACCUAUCGAAGAAGAGGCUGCCGACGAAGUGACGAUCAAGAAGCCUGUGCCAGAAGACGCGAAACAGGAAGCACCUGAAGAAGUUUCGCAAGAGGUAACUCUGAAGAAAAAGCCCAAGAAAAAAGCUGUAGAAGACGAGGCCAGUGACGAAGUGACGAUCAAGAAACCUGCCCCAGAGGAUGUGAAACAAGAAGAACCUGAAGAAGUUUCGCAGCAAGUCACUCUAAAGAAGAAGCCGAAGAAAAAACCUAUCGAAGAAGAGGCUGCCGACGAAGUGACGAUCAAAAAGCCUGUGCCAGAAGACGCGAAACAGGAAGCACCUGAAGAAGUUUCGCAAGAGGUAACUCUGAAGAAAAAGCCCAAGAAAAAAGCUGUAGAAGACGAGGCCAGUGACGAAGUGACGAUCAAGAAACCUGCCCCAGAGGAUGUGAAACAAGAAGAACCUGAAGAAGUUUCGCAGCAAGUCACUCUAAAAAAGAAGCCGAAGAAAAAACCUAUCGAAGAAGAGGCUGCCGACGAAGUGACGAUCAAAAAGCCUAUGCCAGAGGAUGUGAAACAAGAAGAACCUGAAGAAGUUUCGCAGCCAGUCACUCUAAAGAAGAAGCCGAAGAAAAAACCUAUCGAAGAAGAGGCUGCCGACGAAGUGACGAUCAAAAAGCCUAUGCCAGAGGAUGUGAAACAAGAAGAACCUGAAGAAGUUUCGCAGCAAGUCACUCUAAAGAAGAAGCCGAAGAAAAAACCUAUCGAAGAAGAGGCUGCCGACGAAGUGACGAUCAAAAAGCCUAUGCCAGAGGAUGCAAAACAAGAAGAACCUGAAGAAGUUUCGCAGCAAGUCACUCUAAAGAAGAAGCCGAAGAAAAAACCUAUCGAAGAAGAGGCUGCCGACGAAGUGACGAUCAAGAAGCCUGUGCCAGAAGACGCGAAACAGGAAGCACCUGAAGAAGUUUCGCAAGAGGUAACUCUGAAGAAAAAGCCCAAGAAAAAAGCUGUAGAAGACGAGGCCAGUGACGAAGUGACGAUCAAGAAACCUGCCCCAGAGGAUGUGAAACAAGAAGAACCUGAAGAAGUUUCGCAGCAAGUCACUCUAAAGAAGAAGCCGAAGAAAAAACCUAUCGAAGAAGAGGCUGCCGACGAAGUGACGAUCAAGAAGCCUGUGCCAGAAGACGCGAAACAGGAAGCACCUGAAGAAGUUUCGCAAGAGAUAACUCUGAAGAAAAAGCCCAAGAAAAAAGCUGUAGAAGACGAGGCCAGUGACGAAGUGACGAUCAAGAAACCUGCCCCAGAGGAUGUGAAACAAGAAGAACCUGAAGAAGUUUCGCAGCAAGUCACUCUAAAGAAGAAGCCGAAGAAAAAACCUAUCGAAGAAGAGGCUGCCGACGAAGUGACGAUCAAAAAGCCUAUGCCAGAGGAUGUGAAACAAGAAGAACCUGAAGAAGUUUCGCAGCCAGUCACUCUAAAGAAGAAGCCGAAGAAAAAACCUAUCGAAGAAGAGGCUGCCGACGAAGUGACGAUCAAAAAGCCUAUGCCAGAGGAUGUGAAACAAGAAGAACCUGAAGAAGUUUCGCAGCAAGUCACUCUAAAGAAGAAGCCGAAGAAAAAACCUAUCGAAGAAGAGGCUGCCGACGAAGUGACGAUCAAAAAGCCUAUGCCAGAGGAUGUGAAACAAGAAGAACCUGAAGAAGUUUCGCAGCAAGUCACUCUGAAGAAGAAGCCGAAGAAAAAACCUAUCGAAGAAGAGGCUGCCGACGAAGUGACGAUCAAGAAGCCUGUGCCAGAAGACGCGAAACAGGAAGAACCUGAAGAAGUUUCGCAAGAGGUAACUCUGAAGAAAAAGCCCAAGAAAAAAGCUGUAGAAGACGAGGCCAGUGACGAAGUGACGAUCAAGAAACCUGCCCCAGAGGAUGUGAAACAAGAAGAACCUGAAGAAGUUUCGCAGCAGGUGACUUUGAAGAAGAAGCCGAAGAAAAAACCUGUGGAAGAAGAGGCCAGUGAUGAAGUAACGAUCAAGAAGCCUGUACCAGAGGAUGUGAAACAAAAAGAACCCGAAGAAGUCACGCAAUGCGUAACUCUCAAGAAACCUAAGAAGAAAGCUAUCGAAGAAGAGGCCGAAGAGUUGACUAUACAAAAACUUGAAGAAAUUGAAGACAUACAAGACGAAGAAGAAGUUGUUGAAGAAUUUACUAUACAAAGACGGCCGCCUAAAACCAUACCGAAACCUAUCGAAGAAAUAUAUGAAGAUGUUACGUUACGUAAGCUCAGGCCAAAGCGAAAACCCAGACCAGAUGUUAAGGAGGUAACUGAAGUCGAGAAUGUUACCUUCAGACCUCGAACUACUAAGACAAAAGAGGACGUCGAACAAGAAUUCAAAAUCUCUCUAAACACCUACGAGGAAGAAGACAUCACAAUGUCUGGGAAAGUUCGUCUAAAACCAAAACAACGACCACUCACAUAUUCCGAAGAAGCGGGUGAAGAGACGAUUCGGAUUAUGCAAGAAAUCGAAGAUGACGGCGGGCCGAUUAUUGAGGAGAUUAUUGACGAUAGUGAGGAAGAAGUCAAAGAUGAGUACAGUAUAGAAGAACUCGACGUUGAUGAAUUCAACUUACCUCUGAAGCGCAAAACCAAGAAAAAGCAUAGGCCUUAUUCUGUUGAAGAAAUUGAAGAGAAUGACGUAAAUCUAAAAUUGAAACGUGAUCGAAAAUACUCGUAUGAGGAAACAGACGAAUCAUUAGCUUUGAAACUGAAGCCAAGAAGACGUGUAUCCACUUACGACGAAGAAGAAGCAACUCUAAGUAUUACGAAAGAAGGAAACAUAUCGGAAGAGGAUGAAACGGAAUACGUUGUCCGAAAUGGAGACAUGAUGUUCUCAAUAUGCUCAUAUGUUGCUGAAACUGAUGAAGCCAUCAACUUGGUCGAGGGAGAGAAAGUUUACAUCAUUGAACAUACCAAUUCGGACUGGUGGUUUGUUAAAAAACAUUUAACUGAAGAAAAAGGCUGGGUGCCGGCACAGUAUCUUCUCAAAGGACCACAGUACACAAUUUAUCUUCAGCGUAAACUACACGAGAAAAUCGACAAGUUACCAGUCUUCGAAAAACCUGGCCCUGGAGAAAAGGCAUCUGCACCGAGAUUUAUUGAAAAACUACAACCAAAACAUACCCCAGAUGGUUAUACAGUUCAAUUUGAAUGCCAAGUGGAAGGAAUACCACGUCCACAAAUCACGUGGUUCCGUCAAACAGCCAUUAUCAAACCAUCGCCAGACUUCCAGAUUUACUACGACGAUGAUAAUGUCGCGACCCUUAUUAUUCGUGAAGUCUUCCCUGAAGAUGCCGGAACAUUUACUUGCGUAGCCAAGAACGCUGCAGGAUUCGCCUCGAGUACCACGGAAUUAAUUGUUGAAGCACCGUUGUCUGACCACGGAUCAGACAUGACUGGCUUAUCCAGGAAAAGCCUCUCAAGGGAAUCCUCGCUUGCUGACAUCUUGGAAGGUAUACCACCAACCUUCUCUCGUAAACCAAAGGCAAAAUGCGUUGAUGCGGGAGACGAUGUAGUCCUAGAAUGGCGUUUAGUCGCUGUCCCCGAACCGGAAAUAACUUGGUACUACGAGGAAACUGAAAUGACGACAAAAGAUAACGUGACUGUCGUCACCGAAAGUGAUAUGCACAUGUAUUGUAGCGUAAUGAAGAUCACGAAAGUAAAGAAAACUCAGGAGGGUCGCUAUAAAAUCGUGGCUAAGAAUAGAGAGGGAGAAGCAACCAUCGAAAUACCGCUGAAGGUCCAAACUGGCGAGAAAGAACCACCUGAAAUCUUGGAACCGUUGAAACCUUAUGUCAUUCGCGAAGGGGAAACAGUGGUGCUCUUCACUCAAAUUAUAGGUAAUCCAAGGCCACAACUUACUUGGUACAAGGACGGGAAACCGCUGAAGGGAGUUGCCACUAAGCGAGAUGGCGAUACCACUACAUUGACCUUGAUCCAACCUAAGCUGCACGAUACAGGCGAAUACGCUGUAAUUGCUAAAAAUGAACGAGGAACGGCCGAAACGCGUGCAACGCUAACAGUCGAAGAGACUCCAAGUGGUGCUCCAGAACCACCGUUAUUUACUGAACGGUUCCAAGAACAGACUGUUCCGGAGAAGGGUUCCGUCAAAUUAACAGCUAAGGUCACUGGAAAUCCUGUGCCGGAAAUUACAUGGCUGAGAAAUAACAAGCCCCUCGAACCAUCUUCAAACGUCAAGGAAAGUUACGACGGAGAAAACAUCACCCUUGAAAUUAAGAAUGCAGACUCUGAAGUUGAUGCUGGCGAUUAUAAGUGUAUCGCCAGUAAUCCAGUUGGGAAAACAUCGCAUGGAGCUAAGAUCACCGUGGAUGUUGACAAAGUUGUUUUCACUAAGAACCUUGAAGAGAACGUUCAAGUAGACGAGUAUAGACCGCUAGAACUUACUUGCGAAACUUCACAUACCGUUUCUACAACUUGGUGGCACGACGACAAGGAAAUCAGUGGCAUGGACCACAGAGAAAUUAUCCAGGAAGGACGGUCCCAUAGAUUACAUAUAAAGAAAACCAGCCCGACAGAUGAAGGCGUUUACAAGUGUACUGUCAAACAACAGAGUACAUCCAGCACUGUGGUGAUCAGAGCCACGAAACCAGAAUUUGUAAGGAAACUCCAAGACUUCGAGGUGAAGGAACGUGAUGUAGCGAUCCUUGAAGUUGAAAUAACUUCGCAAACAGCCGAAGUUAGUUGGCAUAAGGAUGGCGAACCACUCAAGCCGAAAAAACAGAAACUCGAAUUUGUCAAGGAUGGCACUGUUAGGAAACUUCUGAUUAGAAGCACUUCAGUGCACGACGAAGGAGAAUACACAUGUUCCUUAUUAGAUCAGGAAUGCACAGCAGAAGUCACCGUAGUUGAACUGCCACCAGAAAUUAUCACCAAAAUGCAGGACGUCACUAUAGCUAAAGGAGAAAAAGCUAUGUUCGAAAUUGAGUUGACUAAAGGUGAUGCAUUAGUUCGCUGGUUCAAGGACGGUGAAGAAUUACAGUUUUCCGAACACGUUCAACUAUCCAUCGAUGGCAAGAGACAGAAGCUAAAAAUUUACAAGUCAGAGCUCACGGACGCAGGAGUAUACUCUUGCCAAGUCGGUGAACAAACUUCGAAAGCUAAAUUGACCGUUGAAGAACCUGGCGUAGAUUUCAUAACGAGAUUACCAGACGUUACACUGGUACCACUGAACUCAGAUGCCUCAUUCGUCAUUGAACUCUCGAGACCAAAUGUACCGGUAAAAUGGUUCAAGAAAGGAAAAGAAAUUAAGGAAUCGCCGAAAUAUACCAUUAUAGACGAGGGUACGGUGAAAAAGUUGAUUGUCAAGAAAUGUACCAUUGAAGAUACUGUGGAAUAUAGCGCGGUGGCAAUGAAUAUGAAAACAUCGUCAAAAAUGAAAGUCGAAGUUGUUGAAACGCCACCAAAAAUAAGUAUGGAUGCGCCCAAAGAGUACCGUGUCAAGAAAGACGACGACGUCAAUAUUACUGUCAAAUUCACUGCCACGCCUAAAGCCACAACCGAAUGGUCAGUCAACGGCAAGGUCGUUCCCAAAGCAAAACGAAUUACUCCCACUACCGAUGAUGAAUCAGCAACUCUGACCAUCAAGAAGGUGCAGGAAGACGAUAUCGGUAAUUACACUUUGAAACUGACCAAUAGCUGUGGAGAGGCAAGCACUGACAUCAAACUCAUCAUUAUGCAGGUGCCAAGUACACCAGGUAUUCCAGAACUCCUGGAAGUGACUGAUGAUAGCAUAACGCUUCACUGGAAAGCACCUGACUUUGAUGGAAACACUCCGAUUACCGAAUACAUUCUCGAGUACCACGAUCGAGAUGACUUUUCAUGGAUCAGGAAUACGCAAAAGAUCACAGAAACAACCCACAAAGUAACGGAACUGGUGACAAACAAGGAAUACAUGUUCCGCGUAACAGCUGUGAACACGGUCGGUCCCAGUGAGCCGUCCCAUAACACGAGGUACUUGAAGAUCGCUAAGCCUGUGGCAGCGGAAGCACCACUUAUUUUAGAGCCACUAAACAGCGUUACAACUGGAUUGAAACGAACUGUAUCCCUAUCCUGUGUAAUCGGCGGAAUUCCAACACCUAAGAUCACAUGGAUGAAAAAUGGAAAUCCGUUUAAGAAUGCCAACAUCACAUAUGAAAAUCGGGUGGCAAAGUAUACCAUUAAAGAGACAACAGAGACUUCAGCCGCUACCUUUACUGUUAAAGCCGAAAACAAUGCUGGAACGGCCGAGACAACAUGUGAACUAAAAAUUCAGGAGCCUCCUACUCUAAAUUUCGACGAAAGCUUGGCGACUCAACAACUGCGAGUAACGAGCCAGUGGAAAAUCAACGUCGAAGCUUCAGGAUUUCCGCAGCCACAAAUUUCGUGGAUCAAAAACGGAAAAACAAUCACAGAGAAACAAGUUUCAGUUUACAACGAAGAAACAACUUCUUCCAUAACAAUAUAUUCAGUAGUACGAGAAGAUACGGGAACUUACACAGUUACAGCAUCCAACGAAGCGGGUAGCACGUCCGUCGAAAUGUACCUCCGAGUCAUAGACAAGCCAAGCAAACCACGUGGACCCAUAGUAAUGCGAGACAUCAGACAAGACCAAAUCACCAUAGAGUGGAAACCACCUGCAGAUGACGGAGGUCUCGAGCUUAGCAAAUACACGAUUGAAAAGUGUGAGCCGGAAAAAAUGGUCUGGAUGAAGGUAGCUGACGUCGACAAAGAUGCUGAGUCUUAUUGUAUACAAAAAUUGCAGCAAGAUUCGGAAUACUUGUUCCGAGUUGUCGCUAAAAACCCUGUCGGAUCGUCAGAACCACUGGAAUCGGAACCAGUCACGAUUAAACCUUCAUUCGAAAAACCAGGGCCACCCCGAGGACCUCUCGAUGUCUCGGGAAUGACGAAAACUUCCUUCACCAUAAAGUGGCAGCCGCCUGAGAAUGACGGAGGCUCUCCAAUCAUAGAGUACAUUGUCGAGACGAAAGAAGUAUCUAAGAAAGCAUGGCAGAAGAUCGGCAGCACACAGGGAGAGACGACAAAUAUUAUCGUGUCAGAUCUGAAGACAGACACUCCCUACAACUUUAGAAUAACAGCACGAAAUAGUGUAGGUAGCGGGCCACCAUAUUUACCAGAAGAGCCUAUCACAACUGGUAAAAGAAUCACACCACCUUCAUGCCCGCUGAACUUACAAGUGACUGGUAUAACUAGUCGAAGUGCAACCCUGACAUGGGCGCCACCAGCCAGCACAGGAGGAACAGAGCUUACAGGCUACGUGGUUGAGAAGAGAACAAUGACUGGAAAGGGUGCGAAGUGGAGCAAAAUAAUCACGCUUGACGCUACGACGCAUCAACAUUGCAUUGAGAAUCUCAAAGAGAGUGAAUUCAUGUUCAGAGUAUUCGCUGAAAACAUCGUAGGCUUGAGUACACCGGCAACAUCGGAAGCCGUUACUCUGAAAACACAUGCAACUGUCCCGUCACCCCCAACGGCGCCACUCGAAAUCCGGCAAAUUGCUGGAAACACGAUAGUCAUCGAGUGGGGCAGACCAGAGUCCGACGGCGGCGCACCGUUGGAGGGUUAUAAAAUCGCUAUUAGAGACGUUAAGAAGACAAUGUGGAUGGAGGUUGGACGAGUUAACGCAGACAUCCAAAAGCUCACCAUCAAAGACCUUCAGGAGAACCACGAGUAUCUGAUUAGAAUCUUUGCCAAAAACGAAGUGGGUCACAGCGAGCCCUUGGAGUCUGAAGAACCAUUCAAAGUCUUACCUGCUUCUGAAUUGUCGGUCAUCGAACCAGUUGCAGAAGCAACUGAUAGAGGGGAAACAGCCUCUCUGAGUUACAGUACAGAAAACACAAGUUCGUGGCUCAGAGAACACAACAUGGAUGCCGAUAUUCAUUCUUACGCAAGAUUACGCCUACUACGAAAGGAUGAGUACUUCUUCAGGAUAUGGCAUUAUGCUAAUCAACUCUUCAAAUAAGCAUGUUGUUUGUACGUAAUGUAAAUAGUUGUAGUCUUGUAUUGCAAUCAGAAUUAACUGUCAAAGCCAUAACUACUAAAUGAAUGUCUUCACCAACCGGUCAAAGAAAGGUUUAAUCACUAGAUACUUCAUUGUUACUGUUGCAAUACAAAGUCCAUGUUGACGUAGGCGAACGUCGGAAAUAACCGACAACCUGAGAAUGUAAAUAUUUUUUAAAGGACCAAGCUUGAGAAUUUUCUGACUUUUACCGACUAGAAAUGAAAAAAGAAACUUCUGCAACUCACCGGAUAUUUAAAUCGUCAAAAAGGUUUAGAAGUUGCGGGUAGUUUUUAUAAUCGUUGAAAGAAUUAAAUAUUUCGUUAAUGUUUGAAGGAAAGUUAACACGAAAUUCAGACAAUGAACGUGUAUCUUACGAAGACUCGAAGAUUACGUUCGAGGUCUACAUUGAUAUAUAUUGGUUAAUAGUUACUUGCAGACAUAUGAGACCCAAACUUUGCGAAACGCUAAAUACGUAAAGAGUUGGUCUGUCAAUAAAAACUAAAAAGUGCGUAAGGACAUUAGAGAACACCUUAUUAUUCGAGCCCAAAAAUAUUAAUUUAGCUAUUAUCCCCGAGACUUAACGAAUAUAACGAGUGCAAGAGUGAUAAAUGUGUACUAGCUUUGAGCAGACAUAUGUUAUUAUGAAAGUAGCGUGUUUGCGAAUUGUAAGGAGAAAUUAUUGUAACGUAUGUACAACCGUUAUUGGAUAAACCUGAUUUUAUUUAUAUAUUGGACAUUGAAAUUAAUAUUAUUACAAUUACUGAGUUCGUAAUCGAUGAUAAGUUUGUGAGAAUUACAUUAAGUAUUUAUUAUAAUAAUAGUAAACCAUAUACAUGCUGCUUUAUACAUAAGUAUAAACAUAUUAUACGAAUCCUAUUAUAUUUUUAAGUGAACUGAAGAAAAUGGUAAUAUGCCACGUAUGAUUGGUGAGAGACGUAAAUAUAGGUGCUUCAACAUCCAAGCAUUAACCAAUCUUACGUCGCAUGCCCAUAUUUAUGAAUGAUGUAAAAAUAUCUUACAUGUGAAGAAUAAAUUAUGCUUCAAAACUGGUUUGUUUCUAUAAGCAAUAAUUAGUAUGCAGUGAACAGAAGA